AUGCAAGUUGAGGUAAGAUAUUUUAAUACUAAUCCGUGUCCUAAAUCAAAUAAUUUAAGUAUGUAAUUACAGGUCCUAAAACGGUUAGAAAUGUGUGUAACUUAUUUUUACUCAACUAUAGAGUUUAUAAUUUCACAGCAUUGAUUUUGCCAAAAAAUAAAAAAAAUCACCCAAUACUUGGUAAAGUUCGAUUUAGCGAUGAACGUACACGCAAAAAUAUAUUGGGUACGCGUUUCGCGUGAAACGUCAAUAAUGUCAAUACAUACAAGGUGUACUGAAACGUGUGCACCUACGUCGUGCGUCGUCCUGAACAAUGAAAUAAUUAGGUAUGUAUCCUUAUCUCUAAUCCGCAACGACGGUUGUAAUUAAUUAUUGAGCGAAGGUCAAUAAGGUCAUCGGGAGAAUUUCCAUUAGGCGCAAGUCUAGACAAUUUAUAUUGUGCAGUGUAUCUACCUCACUGGUACUAAAUAAGUGUUAUGUUCUUCUUAUAACGUAUCCGAGUGUUGCUGAUGGCAAUGACUAAAAUAAAUUACCCCUUGGACCACCUUUGCUGUCCAAAAAGUCAAGAGGUUUUUAUAUUCAGCGUUUCGUUAUCUCCUAAAGUGAUGAAUGUCUGAAAGUUAGUCAUUGAGGUUAAGUAUAAUAUAUUGGAAUAAAUAAAUAAAUAUAUUGGAUAUAAAUAUAUUGAACAUGUGUACUAAGGAAUAGUGAUUAAUGGCAAUAUCCAUAUCAUCAAUUUAUGGGGAGACGAAAAUGGCGAAAAUAAGAAGAGUAAAAGUAGAGUGUAUUUAGACUUUAGAGUAAUAUUUUUAGGACGCGGAUUUCGAAACAAACGACUAUUUUCGUUUUAAUUGCUGCUCAAGGACAACGCAAUAAAAUUAUCGUGCAAUUUAAUUCGUGUAAGAGAUACUUAUGAAGUAAAAUUUUUAUUUUGAAUUUUUAAGUCAUUGUAUUAAUUUUAUGUGGUGCAUAAUUUGUACUUCAUUAUACGAAUUAUUUUUAAUGUAAAAUUAGUUAAGUAAUUGGAAAUACAUAUAUUAUCACAAUAAAUUUUAUUUUCAUUAUAUGUAUUUGCUUUGGGUUUUAUAUAUUAUUAGUCUUAGUAAUUCGAUUCACUUCGAAAAUGAAACUAUUUUAUUUUGAAACUUAUGCACUUUUCGCUGUAUUUCCGUGUUUAGGUUAUUUUUUAAGGGUAUUAAUCUAUAAUUAGUAAUUAUUAUUCACAAUUCGACGAGAGAAUUAAACUUUCCGAGAUAUUAUACGUAUAUUUGCAGGUGUCCCCGUCGUGUUUUCCCAAUUCUAGUAUUUUUGUCAAGGUUCAAAUUUUGUUUUUUUCAAUUUGUCUUUGUGUAUUGGGGACAUAUAUAUUGAGCAAAAUUAAAUUUUUAUUUUCACUGGAAAAAUAGCUUUUCAAUAUGGAAUAAUUGAUCAAACAAAAAGUUUUUUUUUCUUGUAAUUGGGGGAUGAAAAUAAAAAUUACUUUUCUUCUAUAUGUGUGUCCCCUGACACUAGAUCCGAUUUCAAAAAUAAAAAUAUUAACAGAGAUAUUAGCUCCGGGAAAAAACGGUGGGACACUUGAACAAUAUACAUAAUUUAGAGCUGACGGGAACAAUUUUCAUAAUGUACUCUAAAAUAUACAUUAUAAUAAAAAAUUCUCCGAGACUUUAGUGCUUUAUAGACUGAGAACGGCAAGAAAAAUAUUGUAUUAAAUAUAUCAACUGCAGGUUUCUAACGAUUUCAUUCGACUAUAUUAAAUGUAUAAUAUUGUAUGUACACAAUAACAUAGUCCGCGAUUGUUCGACGCCAUACGUCUUUAUUCUCGUUUUUAUAUUAUAUUAAACAUAUCGAGAGGACGGCGAAAGAAAAACAUAAUGUAGGUAUGCAGCAAAUACCAACCGAGUUUUUUUAUUAUUUUAUUUUUUAAUUUCCGAUCUGUAAUAUUAUUGCAUACGAGUAUAUGACUCACCGCGAUCGACCGAUCGACCGACAACCGUCUGUCACCACGGUAAUUCGUUGCAGUAAUUUUUUUUUUCUCUUCCAAGUGGAACCAAUAGCAGUUAAUUUAUUUUCGCGCGACAAGAAUACUAUACGACAUUGGAGUAGCUGCAGGUUGGAUAUCAUACGUACCUAUAUAGUCGUUAUUCGCUAAUAAUCAUAUUAUUAACAAUAGGCUGUUUGCGGUUUUCAUGCAGGUUAAGCUACACGCGAGGGACGUUAUAUUAUUUAAAUACGGCGUUAAUACGCAUUAUAAUAGGUAGUUAAAAAAUUGUAUACUAUAGUUCCAAGCGUCGUAUAUGGAAUAAGACCUUCGACAUAUUAUAUACGGCCGUGUAUUUAUUACGACGACGUGACGACGACCGGGCCAGAAAUGAAUUGUGUACGGGUUUCGUGCGCCAUUUGACAUUUUUUUCCGCCGUAUAGAUAGCUUCAGAAAGAGGAAGUUUUCGUUUGGGUAAAAUUGUAUAUAAAAAAAAAACCCCCCUAUUAAUCAUUCGGGUUUCUAUCUUAUCAUUUUGCUAUUACGAACACUCGAUUAUUCCAUUAUUAGAUGUGUAGAUGUGUUUUGGUGAUGCAGUUUUCGGUAAACAGUUUGCUACAUUGUUUACUAUACUUGGUUGCAAGAUCGAAACAUAGUAUUUUAUACAUACCAACGGAUAACCCGUAAUCAAAGACGGCAGACGAAUAUGUUUUAUUGAUUGCUGAUCCGGCAACACUAUAUAUUGGUUGUCGAAAAGUGUAAUCAUUUAACAAACAAUUGCAGUAAACAAUAUCGUCAAAACGAUUUGUUCGCUAAACGAGUAACCUGCGGUUUGUACAAAAUUGUAUAAUAAUAUAGCCAAAACACGUUCAUUGUUCGAAGGUUUGUACUAUCAAUUAUGCAGACUUCCAACUAACUGAUAUUUCUGUACUUAUAUCGUUUGAGCAAGAAUUAGUUUUUUAAAUAAAGUCCUGAUGUUUAAAACUACCAGUUUUUUUUUUUUUUUUUUAAUGUAUAUAAACAUUUUCUUUUGUGGUUUUGAAGACUUGGGGUGCACCUAAAUACUAUAUCGGUUAAAAUGUGAAGACGUUACGAAUGAAAUUGGUUUUUUUAUUACAUUACCUAUAUUCAAUUUGUUAUUAAUUUUACCAAUAGCUUUAUUUAAAUCAAACGUCAUCGGCAGAUGCCAAAGACGAAAUAAAUUAUUAUCGCAACAAUAUUACCUUAAAGUUCCCGCGAAAUUCACUUUUAUGUUUACUUUAUGGCCCGCCCAAGGUCAGGAUACAUCACAUUCGCCUAUACGAUUUAUAAGUUUUUAUUUAUAUUUUCGUUUGCCCUCGAAUAAAUAGUUCCCAUAUAAAGCAAAAGGAGCACUAUGUCCAAUCGUUUACUCGGUACGUUUAUACGCUAUAAAAAAUUAUAUCACAUUGAUCAUAUUAUUUAUGUCAAUCCUUUUAAAACCAAACUCAUUCGUGCUGUGAUGCAAAACUCUUAUUUAAUAGGACGUGAUACCCGUACGUGCGACCAUCUUCGUUUCACAAACGAGCGACAUGAGACAGAUUUACGUUCUGGAGAGAUAAUUUAGUGCCGUUACGUUUUAAUAUUAAAGUGUGAAUCGUACUUAAGGUUAAGCACAUAAUUAUCUUUGCCUUUAUUAUGAGAUAAAAUAUUUUUAGGUUAGACUAGACUGGGUCUUACUAAUUGAAAAUAUGUUUUUCGAAGGAAAUAAAACACAUCUUGGUUCAGCUAAAAACUCGAUCCAGCUCAUUUUUUUAAAAUAAAUAUUUUAAAUAUAUGUGCACACUUUUUAAUAUAUUCAACGUCCUAUAAGCCGAUAGAAAUAUUUAAAAGAAUAUGUUCUCACUCAACAAAUAUUUUAAACAAAAGUUCUUAUAACAAACCUUUAAUAAACAAAAAAAGACGCACAUGAUUCGCAUCGUGGAUAGACAGACCACUGUUGUAUAGGUAGGAAGUAAGUAAAGUAUUGAAUAUUGGGUGAUUAAGUUUAUAAAUCGGUAACAACGAUCAUUGUAAUUUAAGAACGACUCUAAUUUUUCGAGUGAAGCUUGGUAUACUGAUAUGAUAUGGGAUCCGUAGUGUUCUUUCUCUUGUAGCCAAGGUGUCCCAGAAAUCAGCAAGUGUAACAAAUGGAUUGUCAUUUGUUUUCAGUUAUUUUUAAUUUUUUUGAACAAACGUUGGAAAAUCUAGACAAUUUUUUCAUAAUUUAAUAAGUAUAUCAGCAGGCGAAAAAUGUGGAUUUUUCCGGUACGGCGUGAACAAUUUGGAUAGUUUUUACUGGCCGAAAAUCCGCUUCGUGGUCCGUCUUAUUGAAAUACAAAUAAUUUUUUCGGAAUUCAAAACAAAGUUUUCGCCCAAUCGGUAUAAUUCACUAGAUUUGUUCGAGCAAUCGAUUUUGCUCGAGUUUUCUCGAAUCGAACGAUCGGCUCGACUCUACUUAUUGUUUAUUUAUAUUUUUGGUUCUCGUAAACUCGAGUACUCGACUUUACCUCAAGUACUAGAGUUUACUCGAUUACUCGAAUGUUGUAUUUCAAAAAAAUAAACGUAACAUCUAUAAAUAUAAAAAUUACCAGACCCAGAUAUUUCCGAUAAAGAAUACCGUGUUAAUGGUACGAACUUGUGAAAUUAGAUUGUUAUCGUAAUAUUCAAGUAUUAUGAUGACGACGGAAAUUAUGUCGUAAUUUAUAGUUGGUCGAGUAUACUCAACACGGCAAACUUUUUUUUGUCCGGUACUCGUAUAUAAACUCAGACUAGGUUUCAUAAAACCAUUACUCGCCUACUUCUAUAUACAAUUUAAUAUUUAAAUGACUCCGUUAUUUUAUUUAUUUUUUUUUUUUUUCUAAUAAUUAAUUAAUUCUCCUGUAAAACAAACUAUAUCUACUGGAAAUUGCGCGUAUAUUUCGCUCGAAUCACGAACACGCCUCCGAUCAAUCAAUCGGGUGCGAACGAUUUUCGUUUUUUUUUUUCCCCCCAUCAAAAUCGAUUAAGCGUAAUUUCACGGCGUCGACGACGCGAUUGAUAAUAAUAUAUCGUCCGGCGAACAGAAAUUAAUCAGCUGUUUUUAACGUUUAUAUACAUAUAUUGUACCUAAAUAUAUAUAUAUAUACCUAUCUACUAUAUUAUAUUAUUGUAACGUCGUAAUUUACUCCUCGAACGCGUCGAUCGGAGGAUACGCGCGAUUUAAAAAAAAAAAAAAAAUCGUCUUAUUAUAUUCUACCCGUUCGAAACGUGUUAAAUUGUCCAUAAAUUUGCUGUCCGAUCGCGGCCGUGCACACAUAAUAAUACGCACUUGUUAUAAACUAUACUCUCUCGUAUUAUAAUCCCGCGGGACGGUCGUGUUAAUUCAAAAAGAAUUUUUCGGGCAGCGUCAUCGAGGCGGCGGCGCGACAUUAUCGCCAGACCGAUUUGAAUAAAUGCGCGGAGGACCGCGUGGAAGGCGGGCGACCAGUUCUCCGCCGCGUUAAACACGACGACCGGGGGAAUAAUUUGUCUCUCUCUCUCACCGCCCGCGUACGUCUUUUUAUCGCAAAAUAAUAAAUUGGCCGUACCGAGUCACAUGACGAUCCGUAUUUUAUUAUUAGCGGUUCGUACGUACGUAUAUAAUUUUUUAUUAUUUUAAUCCCACAUAAAAUCGAGAUAGAAAUCGGCGCACGUAGAUCCGCAAUCCGCCGCAAACACGCGGGCGGCGUCCUAUAAACAACAACAACAAUAUAAUGUAUCCAUUUGCUUCGAUUUAUUUUUUUUUUUUCAUUAUUAUUAUUAUUAUUUUUUUUUUUUCCGUUUCGUUAUUGUUAUUUCAGUAACGCGAUUUAUCGCGAUCAAUGCCCACUGGUUCGUCCGUCAGCCAUCAAUAAAAACGCUAGGUUGCCGCGUGGUAAUGACUAACGAUUUUUUUCCUGUAAUUUUUUUUUUCUUCCCCCUUCCCCUCCCUCCCCCGUUCGCCGUGCGAUACUCGAUACUUUAAUAUUAUACAGCGCGAUUAUUUUAUCGCGUCACGGGCCCGCGACGAUUAUCGGCUACACGAAAAUUUACAUUUCGAUUUUCAAAUAGAUCGUUACACCUCGCAUUUUUUUCAAAUAAUUAUUCGAAGCUUCAAAAUUUGAACAUUAUUUUCACCUUUUAACUGCCGCUAACUGUACGACUUUUCCACUAAUAAUUACUCGAGCUCGGAGUACGAGGGAUUGGGAGGUCCAAAGAUGGGACAUGCUACCUGGGCCAUCAUACUCCAAAAGUCUUCGUUUUUACCACAGUAUGUUCUUUAUCUAUGGAUUUAACCGUUAACAUUGUAUACUUUGACGAAAACUACUAGUAUGAAUUUAAAAAAAAUUUUUCUUUUGAAUCCGGUUUUUAAAUGUCUAUUGUCAGCUUGGAUAUAUAGGAACACUGAAAUUGUUUAAAUACGCGAACAAAUAUUUAAGCGUGGAAAUUCGUUGUUUUGGAAAGGUUACGCGGUUAUUAUCAAUCUCCGUAUACCGAAUAAAAUGUUUCUUCAUUUUAAUAGGGGAUAUCGAUAACGCAUAAACCGAUCGAAAAUACAAAAAACUCGCUCUGUCCUAUAGAAAAAUUGGAAAACCGGUAUAAUACGUUUCUCAUGCGUACACAUUUGUGCACCUUUAUUUCGAAAAAGUCGUUAACAAGCCCCCGUUAAACGCUAUUUCGAAAUAAACCAAAAUCGAACUCGCUGAAAACGUUCGCAUAAGUAUAAUCGCACGGAACUUGCACACGAUUAUCGCCCUGUAUAUGUUUAUAAUUUGUGCACCGCGAUGGCGAUGUCGCAAACAAAAUAACAGAACAGACGGUGUUAUAAUAUUAUUGAGUUUCGACUACCAUAUACUCGCGUACGUUAUAUAGGCCGAAUCGGCCGAGAUAUAAAUCACACGCGGGCACCGUGCUCGGGGGGUACGAACUAUACAUAAAUAAUACACAACAGCCUAUUGCAGAAUAAAACUAAACUCUGAAUUACUGUAUGUGCGCGGUCAUUGUUCAGCAUUUGUCGUUGUUGCGCAAUAAUAACGAUCCCCUAGCUACGAUACGAGAUAGGUAUAAUACGCUACUGCGCCGGCCGGACACGGUUUCGUGACGAUGAGAAAUGCGCGAAAAUGGAAAGGAUUUCGCGCACGUAUAUUAUUUACGAAAAGAUAGCAACGGCAUGUCUGCGGAGCUCUGGUAUAGCACAGAAGUGAGAGAAAUAUAUAAAUCGCGGUGGUUAUAAUUACUACGCACGGUUUACGAUAUAUUACCGGCAGGUACAUGAAUAACGUCUGAAAUAGUCGAAGCGUUUAAAAUAUUUCUUAAAUCCGAAUCCAAUAAUCCUAAUGCACGGUUCGCUAUAAUAUAUAGCUGCUAUUUCCCCAAAGUCGCAGAAUAUUUUAAUACAUUUAAUAUAUUAAAAGAGCUACGCAUGGUUUCCGUGAUAUUUGUACACCAUGUGACACAGUAUUGCGUACUAUCGCAUAUUUUAAUACGCCAAAAUAGGUUAUUUUUUAUUUUUGUCGUAAUAUUGCAUACACAAUUCACUAAACUGUAUACCUUAUAAAUUGUAUUUUAUAUGCGCUUUAUUGAAUCUAUUCAAAAACAGAAAUUAAUCAAAUAAAAUUUAAUUUAACGAGUCUUCCCGUUCCAAACCCUUGUCUGUGAUGACCAAAUGAAAUAAUAAUAUGUUUUUUUUUCAUUCGUAUCAGCUAUAAGGUAACGGAUAAAACAUUAAGAUAAUUAAAUUUUCAUUUUAAAAACACCAAGAUCCCUGUGUCUGUCACCGUUUAAGUGUUGAAUUGAAAAAUUAGACGGCGAUCAUCCUCUUGUUUUGAAUGUUAAAUGUGAAACAUUUCAUCAAGAGACGGACUGAAUCCCAAUUGUAUGUGUAAGAUACAAUUCUACUGGACAUGCAGUAAGAAAAUUAUUUGUCCACUGCGCGUAUCCAUUAUUUUGUUUAACUGCUAUGUCCAUUUGGACACAGAAAAUGUUUUUAAAAAUUAUCUCAAAGUUCGAAUAACGAACAACGAGGUUACGAAUAGGCAUUUUAUUUGUACUUGUUCGCGUAUACUCAGUGGCGGAACCAAAGAAGUUGGGUUUUGUACCCUCCUCCCUCAUUGCAGUUUUUUAAAGCUAUAAGUAAGGUUAGCAGGGUUGUAGACUCCUAGAUCCCCUUCCACGUUCAUAAAUCCUGGCAACGCCCAUUACGCCACAGCUGGGUUAUUUUUUAUUUUCCAAGACAUUUCCACAGCUACAGAUUUUAUCGGAAAUUGAUCGUUUACAAAACGCAGUACCUAUACUGGUACAAUGUAUUAAGUAAAUGUCAAAUUUGAUUUUUUGUGAACGUUUUGUUAACCGCGAUAAAACUAAGUUAACUAUAGCUUAAAAAUAGUAAAAUUAACGUGCGGACUUACUUUAGGUGUACAAACGGAUACAAACUGUUAAGUGAUAGUACUGAUAAAAAAAAUACGCAAAAUAUACGAUUGUGUUUACAUAAUUUUCAGUGAUUUUCAUAGUUACUAAAGAUAUGCAGGGCACAUCAAUCGGUAGUUUGCGGUCGUGAAUACUCGCACUAGUCGCAGCUGUAACAAUAAAACCAACGAUAAAAAGGCCUACGUAUACUCCCCUAUCCUAUACUAAUACGUGUCCCAAUAAUACCCGUCCAUCUCGGACCGCGGCACACAAUAUAGGAGUGGCUACUCCAUAUUCUCAUAAUAUCGACGGUUAUUUUGAACCGUUUUAAGAGAACGUGACACCCGCACGUAUAGUAUUCUGCAGCAUUUUCACUGAAUUUCGGACUUUUACCGUUUCUUUUAAAAUAAACGCGUCGGAAUCGAUUCGUUGGGUCGAUUAGUUUAAAUUAACACUAACACGUUUGGACGCCGCCAAUCGAUUGACGAAAUGUUUAAUGUUGUUAUAUUACGGCACGCGGUCGUGUUUCUGUGCGAACAGUCCAUUUUUGUUUUAUACUCGGCGCCGCGAACUACGGAAAAUUCGAUUUUUCGGGGCGGAGAAAAAUGACCACGCGGCCUUUUGACCAUCAGUCAAUAUUAUAAUCAUUGAAAAUAUAAUAUACGCGGAUAGGGCAUUAGGUGGUUUGGCGUGAGCCUGAAGUGAAUAUACGUUACCGCAAUGGUCAUAUCCGGUUAUGCCUUGUGGUAACACCAAUAGCUGCGUAGUGAUAAGUAAUAAUGGUGAUUAGUGAUUAAACCUGGACAAUUUAGAAUAAGUAAAAAUACAUUUGUUUUUUUAUCAUAGUAAAAUCGUAAUAAUAACACAAAUAAAAUAUAAAAUAGUUAUUAAUAUUAUUCCAUAAGUCUGUUAAAAAAAUGUUAUUAUCGUUUGUUACCGUACGACGGCGAUAUUUUUCUAGUACUGUGUACACACAAUAAUAUCGCAUUCGGGUGUAUAGACGAAAACGGGGUAGGAGAGGCCGGAAAGAAAAAAAAUAUUUCAAACUCCGUAAAUUCGCGUACACACACACACACACACACACACCGCACACAUUUAUCUAUACCUAUAUACAUAUUUUCCACACACACACACACACACACACACACACGCACACAUUUAUUUAUAUUUUACUAUAUAUAGCGUACAUCGCGUAUAGUCAUUCUCCUUUUUUUUUUUUAUGUAUAUAUAUAUAUAUAUACGCGGUACAGUAUCUGUAGUGGUGUUGCGUCUACCGCCGGCCGUAGGAUUGAAAUUGACAAACGUUGAACCCGUUCGGCCGUAUAAUAGCGCGCAGCAUCUCACUCCCUCUUCCCGGCGCGUGUAAACGCCGCGCCGCGCGGCCGGCGCAAACCGAAUCGCGUCCUCCGCCUCUAUAAACGCUGCAGUUUCGAUAUCGGUACCGGCGGCUCCGCAUCCAUUCCACCGCGCGAUUCCUACCCGACGUGUCUACGCGCGCGUACGUAACGCUACAACAAUUGCAAUAGCACCGGUUGUUGUCGUUUCAGUAACCGACGUAAUCGCGUCCAUAGGGGAAAUAACGAAUUUCCGUUAGCCCGCGAUAUCGGACAAUAAUUACAAAACGAACGGAAUCGACGGACGAACUUUUUGGUUUUUUUUUUUUUUGGUUCUAAAUUAUACGAUAAUAACGAUAAUAGAGAACGAUUAAUUUCCGCCGGUUUUUCACCAUCGUUAUUUCACGCGAUUCAUUGAAUUUAUAAUUUUUUUUUUUUUUAAUUUUUACUCCGAUAAUCGUUGUUGUCCGGUCUACAUGUAAUAAUUGUUUACUAUACCUUCGAUUAUUAUUAUAAUAAUAUUAUGUGAACAUGAAAAGUUUCGCGCUUGCCGAUCUGCCGCAGGUAAUAUUUUUAUUAUACAGAGUACUUAUCCAAUCUCUUAACGCGAGCUUGGGAAGCCUUUUAUAGACUUCUUCCGUCCCCCGUCCACAAGAGGUAAUCGGAGACGGUAUAUUCUUUGGGAAUCGUUUUUUUCGGUAAAUGUUUACGUCUGGCAGUUCAAUACUACGUCUCUCUUUUGCGAUCUUUUUUUUUUUUUUUUUGGCUCAGAAAUUAAUCAUAACGACUAAAAUCGAUUGUACCGCAAGUUUACCAAACAUAACUAAUGAAUGCUAUUUUCUGCUCAAGACGACGUAUUAUUCGUUUAGUUUUUCGACCCACAGUGUAAAUAUCCGAUGUGCCGUAUAUCCUCAUCAUCGGCAUCAUCAUCAUCCGAGUGAAAGCACACCACAAUAUUAUUAUUAUUAUCAUUAUUAUGGAACAGCGAUUCUUUUGUGUUUGCAUAUACCGAUAAUGAGAAUCGAUCGGACAAAAGAAACUGCAGCAACAAGUGUGUGUGUGUGUGUUUUUAUGCAGCCGAUAUAUACCUAUAGUCGUACGCUAUCUCUCUUAUCAAACAAUCGAGCGUGAUGUAAAAGUCCGACGAAUUUGGGUUAAUAAAUAAUAAUAAUAAAAAAUGUUUAGCCGACGACGCGUGGAACAAUACAAUAGCUGAAAACCUUGGACGGAAUUUUAUUAUGUGUGGUGCACUGUGCGUCGCCCCGUAAAAGUUUCGAACAUUUCACACUAUUUAGACAUUAUUUCCUUGCGUAACUGAUGAAAUUCGCAUCUCGCAAAUAUUUUCUAUUAUACAUACACGCGUAGGUAUACGGACAUUCCUCGUCGAUACAUAACGAUUAGCGUACAAUACCUACCGUAAAAAUACCGACAGUAAUAUCAUAUUAUAUCCUUGGUCCCGGGGUGGGCGGCCUUAAAAGUAAAUGUUGUACAUAGUUUUCAAUCCGAGCAAAUUAAAUGUUUAAAAUGCUAAUACGCUAAACUCGCCAAUUUAAAAAAAAAAUACUCACAAUUAUUACCGUUCAGAGCGAAAAAUAAAGAUAAAAACAUUGCGCGAGGUAAAAUUAUGAAAAUAAAUUUCAAAAACAGAUCCGAGUCCUUUUUCUUUUCCGGCGCUAAAAAUAUCGCGGAAUCUACGGAGGAAAAGCUACUUUUCCCCGACUGUCGGAUUCUAAUUUAUUUGGCAAAAAAAACGAAAGUAAUCGUAACUCUUACCAUGCUCGUCCGGGUUUUGCUCGAAAAAUACGCAUUUGAACGAAACCUAUUGAACAUUACGUAUUACGGCAUAAUAAUGUUCGCGUGUACGGGUGAUGUUUUUUUUUUCUUUUUCCCCCCCCCCCUUCGAAUUCCGACGCGAAAUCCAAAAAUCUCGUUUCGGCGAACGCGCGUACGUGUUAAUAAUAUGCGGCCGGUGCAAUACUGUUAUGGGAUCGGGAAUCGGGCGAGUUAGCCUAGACGAGUUGCCCGUGGGCGACAACGAUAAUUAUUACCACGGGAUAGAUUCGGCGCGCGGCCACAUACAGGUGUAUAGUAUUAUAAUAUAGGUAAACCGGUUCGUUUAUGGAAAAUACCAUUAUUAAUGACGUCGCGGGCCGCGCGAAACGCUACGUGGGAGGAGAAGGAGACGAACGGAGAGAGAGAGAGAGAGAGAGAGAGAGUGUGAUGGAGAAGAAAAAGGAACGCGUGUAAGCAUUUUGUCAGCCAAUUGCUUUUGGUGACCGUCCAAGUUCGCGUAUACCUAGGUAAAAAAAAACUAUCGCGUAUGUAUGUAUUUUUUUACUUUUUUUUUUUCUACGCAUUUGGAGUAUACUGUCAUAUAAUUGACGUAUGUCUGAAAACGCGCGCGUACGCUUGCACACGCCGCACACUCGUGCUGCAUACGGAAUCGGUGUCCGUUAUAAUGCAGCGCAUUACACAUAUACACGUUAUGUGAUUACAUUAUAUAGUCUAUAGCCGGUCGCCUUUUUUUUUUUUUUUUUUUUCUUUUUUCGAUCCAUAAACGGCAUGUUGCGGGCUUGGGGCGCGGGGCGAUCGGGGGAGGGAUAAAUAAUAAUAAUAAUAAAAAAAAAAAAAACGACACUAUUCGCGGAGGAACAUUGGGGACUCGUGCAGAGCAGCAGACGAUGAAGAUCCGGUACGUCGCGUUUCUCGAUACACAUUUUAUGUGCGUGUGCAUUUUUUUUUAUACACGGUGGACCGACCACGACGGUCGUAAUAUUAUAAUACGAAACGGGAAUAAUAUAGCGAUAAUAAAAUAUUAUUUUUACGUCUCGCAUACGCGUGUCCAUGGGACGGGCAUAUGGCCCACGUGUAGGGUUACACGUCGCAUCGCUACGCGUACGUGUCGUAUGGGCGCACGACCGGAAAUAUUAUCGCCACUCGAGUUUUUUUUUUUAUCCCGUCCGGGGUGUGUACGGGCGCGCGGUAUACGGUUUAUUUAUUAACGAACGCGGCGCGUGUCUCGCGUUAUUGUAAUAUUAUAUUAUUAUUAUUAUUAUUAUUAUUAUUAUUAUUAUUAUUAUUAUUAUUAUUAUUAUGAACAUAAAAAGAAGAAAAGAAAAAAAAAACCAAACUCGAAAAGCCCUUGUAUUUUUUUAAUCGUUCGUUUUUCCGGCGCUGCGGAACAUUAUGAGGUUAUCGAAUCCGACAAGGAUCCACGCUGCAGCAGCUGCGGCCGCAGCCGUCGCUACUGGUGCAGCAGCGUUUAGGCGUUAAACGGCAAUAAUAUCAUUAUCGUCAUCGUUAUCAUUAUUAUUAUUAUUUUUAUUAUUAUGAUCGGCGGUAUGGGCGCCGCGCGUUUACAGGCGAAUGGGAAUAUUUUUUGGUUUUUUUUUUUUUUUUUUUUUUUCAAAUAUUAAUAUAAAGUAGCCGUAGGUAUAACCGCGAGUGUAUAUACGUGGGUCGAUUAAAUUGACGUUAUAAAAUGCAACGGCGUUAUAAUAACACAAUAUUAUAAUGAAUAUUUAUUAACCGUAUAGCGCGUGCCUACAUAACGUAGUAUUAUAAUAACGUGCGAUGCUGGCGAUCGUGUAUAGUUGAUCCUGUAGGAUGACAGAAAAAAAAAAAAAACAUUAGUAAAUAAAUAAUUGUGAUGACAAAAACGCUCUAAAGCGCUCGGUCGUCCGAAGACGGCAUUAGUACGAUGCGCGGUUCCCCUCGCUGCAUUUUAUUGUGGCGAAACUGCAAUCGAACGCGUAUCGUCGCCGUCGCGGGGUUGUCUUGUUAUUUUUUUUUUUUCAGCGUUCGGUCAAUAAAAACUGCAAAAACAGAGAAGAGAAGAAAAAAAACGAUCGAAUCCGGUUUUCGGUGCCUCGACCUUAAAUGGGCAUUUAAUCCGACGCCGGACUAUACGUAAUAAUUGGAUAUUAUUAAAGAUAAAAAAAAAACAUCGUUCUUAUUGCGGAUAAACGUGAGGUAUUUCGUUCGCCGCGAUUAUAGGCGGGCGUCGAUAUUACGUGUAUAAAUGUAUUAUAUAGUUCAUAAAUUCUCGCUGCACUUUUAGACCUGAACGGCUCGUCGGUCGAAAGCGACAGGGUGUGGGCUACCGUACGCACACUGCUGCUGCGCAUGACGUUUAUUUUUAGAUUGUUUAUUUCAGGAAACCAUAAAGUACGCGGAACCAAUAUAAUAACAUUGUGUAUACGGCGUACGCUGCAUUAUUCCAUGGCCGUAUGAGUAACAAUAUUUAUGAAAAAAAAAAAAAGUCAACUGUCGGUUUGAAAAGAAAAAAAAAACAAGAUCAAAUGUGUAUAUAGAAUCCUGUGCAGGAACUUGAGGUUUUUUUUUUUAUACGUGAAACGUGUUACGAUGUUGACGAUCUUAUCAAUAAAACGAGAACAUAAUAUUAUAUCCGCGGUGACUUUUCCGGUGCAUUAAGUAUUGCGGUACAAUACCGUGGCUACGACGGGGACGUAAUGCCCGCGUGCGGUGUGUCCCGUGCAGUCUCCUACAAACGUAUACGACAUACCGAAUUCGCGUUCGGAAGGGGCAACUUUGUGCCGUUCGUUCAAACAAUACAGCGAAUUGACCCAUCAUCAAAAAUUAAUUAUGAAAACACACUCGCGAUCAUUCGGGUAUUUUUUCGACGCGUUUUUUUUUUUUUUUUUAAGUGCGAUACAAAGCAUUUUAAAAAUUGCGAUAAUUCGCGUACCGCCCUAUGUCGUUUAAAAAAUUAAACAUCGAAAAAAUAGCACCAACGUUUCACGUAUAAUGUAUGUUUGCCUUUAAAUUUGAUAAUUAUGACUAAUUGUCAUUGUUCUCCCCGUCGAACGCAAAUUUUGCUACAUCGUACGUUUAUAAGAUGGGUCAGCGUAUAACAUCCUCAUAAUAUUAUUACAGAGGAGUUAUAUAAAUAUUAUUAACAAAUGCCUACAAUUUUUAUUUAUUUUUUUUUCGACAUGAAUUUAUCGCUCACAAUUUUAUUAUUAAAUAAAAAAAGCAAUUCGUAUAACUCCUGUGCCUCAAUACUAAAAUAUUAUAAUAAUACGCUGACGAACGCAUAAAAUGUCAUAAAUUUCCAGAAAGAUUCUUGACAUUUAAACUACUUGAAUCUUUAUGUUUUUUUUUUCUGAUCGGUUAAAUUUAUUUCUGUUACGUUAUACAUUAUAUUAUUAUGAAUAUAAUACUCGGCAUGAUUUUACAUAGGUUAUGAUUUAAAAAAAAAAAAAAUGUUUAAUUCAAAAUACAGAAUCGUUAAAUCGAUAAUUUUAUUCACCUUAGAUCGUGCCCAAUGUGUUUUUUUUUUUUUAAAUUUAAAUAAAUUACAAGUUUCGUACUAUGUCAUUAUUUAACAUUUAACCAUAUUUAUAAACGAUUACUCGAUUACUAUGGUUUUUAGAGCGUGCCCUGAAGUGUUAUAAAUUAUAAUAAUUACGUUAUAUGUUUCCAAACGAAAUUCGUUUUCGUUGCAUUUUUAAAAUUGGUUUCUAUACCAUACUUUUGCGUGGAUGAUGGUAAUAUCAUUUAAAAACCUUUAUAUAAUAAUAUCCAGUGUUUGAAACGGGCAGGGGGAGUAUCUCUUAUUUUUUUUUACAGAUAUUUGAACUUACACCUUUUAUCAUAUUUCAUUAAGUCGAAUGUAGGAUGUACAGGGUAUUUUAAUUAAUAUUUAGUUCAGUUAAACAGUGUUGGUGAACAAAAAUUUAAAAUUUAAUUAAAUUUAUUAAUUUGUAAUUGCAACAUUGUCAGUGUGUUCCGUCUCAAAUUUUUGAGGAUUUUUAUGGAGCCAAAGUUGUAUAAUGUAUGUACCCAUCAAUCGGAAAAUAGUACGUGAAAUUCCGUUGUUUUUACGAUUUUCAUCUGCACAAUUUGAACUUUAAAUGCUUAUAAAAAAAAACAAACUAUAUUACCCACAAAUUUUAUGAACCAAAUUGUCGAUAAAUCGCGUGUUCAAUUUUCGAGCGUUUUUACUGGACCAGAGCAACUUUAUUUACAUAAAAACCAAGAGAAAAAAUCGCGAAAAUUCAAAAUGACUAUAAUACAAAUAAUUUCUAAACGGAUUACAACAACACAAAAAAAAAAAAAAAAAUAAUCGAUUUGUUUCUUCGAUGCAUCAACUGCAGACGAAAUUCGCUACCAUAAACCACCCUUGAAAUCGCCGAUCGGAACGAGAUUACCGGUAGAAAAACGGUUCACGGACGGAAAAAAAAAAUUCACUUCACAUAAUAAUAGUAUAACCGAUACAACACUCCUCGGGACGUCAGCAUCUAAAUACACGGGCUUUCUUUUACGCGGGCCAUAAUAAUAUAUGUCGCGUAUUAUAUUAUGACGGUGACCUAUAAUACGGGUGUGCGGCGGAAUUUCUAAAUGAAAUAACGUUUCGAAACGAAUCACGACGUUAUUUUAUAUUAUACGUAUGCAUACAUGUCCUUAUACACCGAAGCAUAUAAUAAUAUAAUGUAUUAUCGGUACUAGUUUUCAUAUAGGUACUCAUAAUUUGCAACGGAAAUAUGUGUAUAAAUUUAGAUAGCUACGGUGUGUAUACCUCCUCUAUAUACUCGUAUAUGUUUCGGCUCUAUAAUAAUAUUGCAUUAUGAUAAUAAUAUAUACUUUGGAUAGGACGCGUGUUGCCGGAUUUGCAUUCCGGCAACUACUGCAGCCGCUAUAACAUUUUAAUAUGGCAGCGGCACGAGGUACGGCGGAUAUUAUGUUACCGAUACGAUUCACUUACAACACUUAAUCUUUUAUAAAAAAAAAAAAGUUAUAAUAAUACUUACCGACGUAUAAUAAUAAUGUAUAUACCUAAGUAUUUUAGGGGUUGUUCGAUAGGGGGGGGCGGCGAUUUUUCGUUCACAUAUAGGCGUAUAAGUAUUGCUGUGCAAUAAUACUCACAUAUUAUUCAUAAAAUUAAAUAAUUUGAAAAAAGUGAAUUUCGAAUCAACUAUAACAAUAAUAACAACAAUCCUCCCAAAUACAUUUUUAUAAACGAACAAACGUUUAAGAGAAAAACGAAUGGUAAAAAUGUUAACAAGAACUAUCUAAGACCUAUAUCUAUAUCUUAAGAAAGGCUGAAUAUAGUCCAGAGAAUCGUGACUUUGAAACUGCCCUAUCUAAACAGUAUGUAUCAGGCAAAUUUAAUUCAAGCAUUUCCAUCCGGGUAAUCAAGAAAAAAAUAAUUAUUACGAUGAUCACGCAUUUUCAAAACUAAAUUUUAACUUUUAACUUAGGUGGGUAGGUAUGUUUAGGAAUUUUGUUUGUACAACAUGUAGAAACUUUUACCUUUGGGGGGGGGAAGCGCAAUAUUUUUCUGUUGCUCUCGGGUGACAAAAUCUUAAAUACGGCCCUGAAUAACGCUCGUAUUAUAUUAUGGUAAUAUUAUGCGAAUGAUAAUAAUAUUAAUAUUGUGUACGCAAAGGUAUUUUUUAUUUUUUUAUAUUUACCUACUUAUAUAGAUAAUCGCCACCCACGUCUACAUAAUAUAAUACGAUGUGCGGUAUCGUUUUAUUAUAGGUAUUUAUUUUUACGUAACGUACGAAUAUUAAAUCAAACGCUUUUCACAUACCAUUUUUUUUUUUUUUUUUUUUUUUUUUUUAUUAGUCACAAUUUAUAUAUUUUUAAAUAAUAUCUCGGUAUGUUUUCUGCAGUAGUUUUACUGCGGUAGUGGGCAGGGUAUAAACACAUAUAGUUGUUAGAUAUUGUAUAAUAAUAAUGUGCAUACGAGAUAGCUGACCGGUCAACACUGUUGCGUAUUACAGUGUUGUUGUAUUACUUACCUAUUAUUAUAUAUAUUUUUAUUUAAUUGUUGACUCGUGUACACUUAUAACGACUUACACGACUUGCCCGGUUGUAUAAUUUUAUUGUUAUACCGGUCGGUAGCAGGUAGUAUAAUAUUAUGUUAUGUACCCAACCAGAUGGUCGAAAAACAUUAAAAAACAACUAAUUAAUUCGAUUAAAGUCAAGUUACCCUAAACAAUAUCAAAAAAGACUUUGGUUGAAAUUUAAAAAAAAAAAAAAAAAAAAAAAUGCACACUAUGAGUUUAUACUCGCACGCGGUACACGAAAAAAUUUGAAAAUUAUUCAUUAUUUUUGGUGAAAUCUUGCGAGUCUAGUUUUCGCGGUUAAUCGGAUGUUGGGUUCGGGACUAAAAGCACUUAAACCGAACAAAAUUCUUUAAGUGAUUAAAAACUUCAUUUUAAGCCCAUUAAGUGCUGAAAUAAGCACUUUGAAAAUAUUUAAAAAAACAAAUAGCAGGUUUUCGUUACUGGCUUACGUAAUCACAAAGUCGAAAAUAUCAAUUGAAAAAACCAAUUUUUAAAAAAAAUCUAUUAAUUAAAGCACUUUCAAAUUACAUAUUUGAAAUCGAUGUAACGUGAUAUAUAUUCCCGUAGCACUCUGCUAGAUUAUUAAAUGUCAACCCAAAAAAAUUAGCAAUUACGUUCUUUAAAGUCUCAGUUUUACACUCUUAUCAUAAAUCCUUAUUAUGGUAUAAUUAAAUUGUAAAAAGAUAAAAAGUAGUUUAUUCCGCGGAUUAUAACGGUUUACAAAAUAAAUAAUAAUAAACUGUAGUUUACUAAUAACUGAAAACAAAAAAUUCAAUUUUAACUAUCGAUAGUUAUUACGUUCACGGUAUUUCAGGCGGUGAUCGAAUUUCGGUAAAUUGAACACAACACACCGUAGUAAUUAAACGUUAUUGUUAUCAAUUCGGAAAUUCACCGCUUUCCCUAGAUUUUAUGAAAUAAACAUGAGUAUAUAUAUAUAUAUAUAUAUAUAUAUAUGUAUAGACAUUACAUUUAGAUAUUUUUUACUAUCACAUUUAUACGCAUAGAUACAUAAUGUAUUUCGAAAGAUUGAAUAUUACAUUAUAGAGAGAAAUAAACGUGAAUCCAAUAUUGGAAAAUGUAUACCUAUAAUAAUAUGUAUAUCGUAAUUGAAUUUUGUUUUCGUAAUCAAAUAAUAUCUUAUGUAUUGGUAAUCUUUUCGGACAAUAAUUUAUUCUCGAAUAGGCACAGUAACGAAAAUGUAUUUAUUUUUUUUUAUUUUUUUGUGGCCUUAACAAUAUGCGUAUGAAUCGUACCCACGACUGUACAGGCAAUAUUAUUAUUUUUAUCAAUCGGUCGAUGCAAUAUUAAUAAAUUCAUGUGACUAUACAAUAAUAUAAUACAUUGACAAAAUUGCAUUUUGUGUAAUAAUUGAACUAUAUAUAUUGUGUUUUGUUCUGUUUUAUUAUUAUUGUACACGUGGUAAAAAUAUUCGCGAAAACGGUAUCGCAACGAAAUUCGAUUCGGUACCUAGUUAUAUAGUGUUUUGAUUGCAAAAAAUUUAAUCAUAAUUGCGUUCAAAAUACUUAAAAAAUAUUAAACGUAAUUUGAUUUUUACCGAGAAUUAUUAUACGAAUUAUAUUAUUUUAUAUUAAUUAUAAUUUAUCAAUGCCCGUUAUUUUUUAUUAACCCAUAAGAUAUGAGUUUUGGCCAUGAAACCAAAGUGGAUUUUAUAGAAAAAAAUAUUUCAAAUAUUUUUCAUAAUAUCACCCACCGCUUAAUAUUUCACGGCAUAAACAAGCAGAUUGACGGCUUAAUCAAUAAAAUUUGCCCUCUUAUUGGUACCUGUAUGGCCACCCUAUAUUAUAGACUCAAUCGCAUUUACCCAUAUAGAGUCGGCUAUUAAGUAAAAACCCGGAUUAAGGGGAAAUAAUGCCCCUUCCAUGGCCGUAAGUCUCCAAGGGCCUCAGAUUUUGUUAAAGUGUGUUCGUUAUCUGCGCAAUUAUUAUCUAUGAAUUUAUUGAUAUUCCAUUAUUUUAAAUUUUUUUUUCUUUACGUGUGUUUUGUAAUAUAAUGGAAACUACUAAUACGUUUUUUUUUUUUAUACAAAUAUAUUUAUUUAUUUAUAAAAUACGUAUAGCUUUUGAAUAAAUUGAGGUCUAAAACAUCUUUACAUUAUUUAUCGUUUUGUUUCUUCGUUAAAUCAUAUUGAGUAAACAUUUUUAACAAUUUUAAAUUCCGAGCGUAGCGAAGGAGUAUUUGGUUUUACUAAGAUGUUUAUUACUUUUUUUUUUCUUCUUCUAGUCUGUGUCACAUUUUUUCCUGGUAAACUUACCUCAGAUUUUUACGUGUAGAUAUUUUUCUGAAAGCUCAAGUUGUCUAGAUGGUACUUCAAAAGGGUAAUUUUUUAUAUAAAAGCACUUAAGUGGGAAAAAACGUAGGAAAACGUAAAGUUUCACGAUUUCAUUAUAUUAUAAAAACACAGACGACGUUUUCUACCAGAACAAAUAAUUGAAUCGAAAAUCACAAGAUACCUUUUUUCGUUGUCUUUUUGAUUCGGUUAUAAAUACACGUAGAAGCUUGAAACUUAGUAAUAAUACUUAUAUUAGACUUACCUAGACGUGGUAAAAUUUUCAAAACAAUCGGACGACUUUGUUUUUUUAAUAAGCGUUCUGAUAUCAAAUUUAAACAAAAAUCGCAAAAAAAAUUACGGCAUUUCAAAUUAUGUAUUACCGAACUGCGCUCGGAAUUGUUUUUCGUCAAGCAAUGGUUUAUCGUUGCUUACAGAUAUAAAUGAAAUAACCUUAUGUAUCCUACCUUCCCAACUUCCCACCUACAACAGUGGCCGCUCCCAUCCCCAGUAUCAACUCUUUUUUGUUUUGUUCUUAUUGUUUUCGUGGGCCUCGUUAAAAAGUUUAGCCUAGGAGCCUUUGAAUGUCUUAAACCCGGCCUGAUUAGGCCAUAUUCUUGCGUGUACGUUAUGUUAAGUUAAAUUCCCAUUGGGUGGCUUUGUAUUCUAUCGUAUACGUGUACUAUAGGUAUAGGUUAGAUUUUAAUUUAUUGAUGUGUUCGCUCGCAGGUCGUUGAGUUAUAUGCGAAUACAAUUAUUAAAACCCUACUCCUGCCUGAACGGAGCUUUGAUCAAUUCCCGCCGCAUUUCACUAACGGCAUGUCGUGUGUUGGUAGCGCGUUUUAAUAUGGUUUGUUUGUUUGUUUGUUUUUUUUUUUUUAUUUAACUUGUAUUCGCAAAUCGUGCUUGCGUAGUUAUCAAUCGCAAUAUUAUAUAUUUAAUCGCACGUCGAAAUUGAAGUUUUUAAACCGCUUUUCACGUGUCGUAGUGGCGAUCGCUGCAAAUUGCCCCCUCGCAGUAAACUGGGCACGCAGCUACUCGUAUUUGAGUCUGAUUUAUCAUCGAGCAAUACGCUGCAGUAGGUAAAAUAACGCGUUUGAAAAAAAAAAAAUAAAAAUAAAAAAUGCAUAAACAAAUUUCUCAUUAAUGUGUUUUUUUUCUUUAUUAACUCAACCGAACGCGCGUCGAAAAAAUAUCGUGCUAUGCAAUAAUAAUAUUUAUACACGCGCGAAUUUCAUUAUAGUCGGCUUUCAUUUAAAAUAAAAAAAAAAAAAAUCGAAGCAAAUUAUGACGACGACGACUUGAAGUAGCCGCGGGCGUGUAGUUCGUCGGUUCAAUAAUUUUUAUUAAUAAAAUCGAAGCUCAUACCUGAGAGAUGAGGUCAUCGCGAUAGUGUAAACGGCUGCAGCUGGGUGGUGUAGGACGCAUAGGUACCAAUAUAUAGGAUGAUCAAUCCUCGAUAAGACACUCUCGUUAUCUCGGAAAGUAUUGACUUUUUACGGCAUUUUUUUUUUGGAAAAUUUAAGAAACAUUAAGCAGCUCUACAUAUUAAGAUUACUGUUAUUUUUUGUCAUUCUAUUAUUCGGCGGUCAAACCACUACACAUUUGAUUUUAAAAUAGCAACCAUGUAUUUAAAAAUCCAUAAAUAUAUGUAGUUUUAAUUUAAAUAUGCUUUGGUGUUGACAUUUUUUUAUUUCCGUUAACGAGCUGACGAAAUAUCCCACUUUUAAAUUUGGGUUUGCGGAGAGUAGUAGUGCCGGACUUUUCAAGGGCCACGCAUUCUGCACAAAUGGUUUUGUUCCAUUACAAUAUUUCUUCACCUAUCCAAACUUAUAAGUUUAUAAUAAACAUUAGAAAAAAUGUCAACACCAAAAAAUAUUUUAGUUAAAACUUCAUCAAUUUAAGCGAAUAAAAGAAUGGGUAGCUGUUUGAAAAUGAGAAGUGGUUGAUUGGUUUCUACCUCGAAAAUAAGGUCGACAAAAAAUAACGAUAACGUAACACAUUUUCAGAGCUGCUGGUUUCUUAAAACGUCCAAAACAUCUGAUAAAAGUUGAUGUUUUCCGAAAUAACGAGUGACUUAUCGAGGACUGAUCACCCUGUAAAUGUGAAUACGUUUUCCAUUAUCCGUACGUGAGCUGUAUAAUAUAUUACGCGCUAUUAUAAUAUUAUAAUUAUUACGUGUACAAUAGUCGAUACGAUUGUAGUCGCUUUCGUUAUGCAUUACAUAAAAAAAAAAAAAAAAAAAAACAAAACAAAGAGACGUCUUAACGGCUCCAUAAAAGGUGUCUCUCGCCAUAUAAUGUACACGGGGUCAGCGGGCGUGCUCGCAACCCGGGAAUGGAUCGCGGACUAUUCAAUUACAAUAAAUACAAGUAUAUUAUUAUAAAAUUGUAUAAACCCGCGUGUAUGUCUGCAGUAUACGCAAAAUAUUCGUGAAAUGUCACAGUUAGUUCUGUAAAAAAAAAAAAAAAACCCCACUAAAAUAUCACGCCGGAAAAAAGCGUUUUAAAUCCUCCCCCUCCCUCCUUAAAAAAAAAAAAAACAAACAAAGGCCUGCAAUACUUAAAAUACCAAAAAUUGCACUGAUUAAAGAUAUUACGUCGGAAAAAACACAUUUCACUAACACAGCUAUGAAAUUACGUGAUUUUUUUUUUAAAGAAAUAUAAUUAAUAUAAUAUAGUCUCUAUGCAUGGACUUUGUACAUUGUGGAAUACAAAUUCCUAGAAAAAAAAAGAAGGAAAAUUGUACUAUCGAUAAAAAUUAAAAAUUAUCGUAUUAGAUAAUAAACCAAGACUAUCUUUGACAGUUGAAUGGGCUAAACAAAAUGGUACGCUUACCUACGGGAAUUUGUAUUCCGAUUCUCGGACAGAAAAUAAUUUUUACGAUGAUAUUGUAAUAUUUUUGAAAUCUCAAAAGUACCACAAAAUACACUAUGAACAUCGAAAUCGUAAAUGUCAAAAGUUUCAAAACGGUGUUCAUAUCGUUUCAUGUUUUGAACUUCGCUCUAACAGACUUUUGUUGUCGUAUACAAAAACGCUAAAUAAUAAAUGUAUUCGUUACACAUUGACAGCCCUCCCGAGUUGUGAUUUUUGUUUAAAUGAAAAGCGCGUCGUGAAACGAUUUCGAGACUUUUUUCGUUUUACGUUGGUUUUUGUAGUUUUUUUUUUUUUUUUUUUUUGUAUUCAUAGUCGAUCGUUGUCUACCGCUUUAAUAGUUUUCUUGAAAUGCGAGUAAAAUUCACUCUUUCACUUAAUACGCAAAAUUUUAUAUUUAUAUUAUAAUGAUUUUGUAAAUCAUGGUAAAAGAAUUGCCGCUUAUCUUUCUUUUAAAAAUUAUCAAACCGCCGCGCCGUGUGUUUUUUUUUCUCCUUUAACUACGAACGAAAAACACAUGAUUAUACGUUUAUUCGUGGGAAUCUACGAACUAUUCGUAUAAUAUAAUAUUAUUAUAAUGUCAUUAUAGUCUUAUUAUAUUCUUACAACACGUAUAGAAUGUCUUUUCGGAAAUUAAAUGCGAGAUAACAUUCUUUUUUCUUUAUGGUAAAUUUGGUAAAAAAAAAAAAAAAGGUCCAAAAUUCAUGUACGAGUAGAAUCAUAUACUGUCUUGAGCGUUCCAUGUCAAGGCCACGUGAGUUGAGUUUGAGGAGCAAAAUAAAAAAUCCGCCAUUCAUUCGGAAAUCCGAUCGACUAUUAUUAUUAAUUUGACACGCGCGGUUACAGCUGCAAUAUUCUUCGUCAUUUCAUCAUCUCUCGUUCCACCAAAAACACGAAUGUGGAAAUGGUAUUAUGUUGACGCCGAUCUCUUCGUAUCCCUCCUCCUGCUUCCAACUUGGAUUUUUAUUGAUUUUCUCUCUUUCGCGUAAUAAUCUUCAUGAUCAUUAUCUACAUGUUCCGAAUUGACAGGCUCAAGCUCGAUUGAAAGUACCUAGAUAUUUUAUGAUAAUCUGUCAUUGAAUCAGUCGGUAAGUAUCGAAAAUUGUGAUAUUUUGGGCGCUCUUAUAUCUUCGAAAAUUUUCCGCCUGAACCUACGGAAUUUGAAAUGUUGCUUUUUUUGUUUUUUUUAGUAACCUCAACAAUCAAAAAUGUAGUCCUGUAACGGUAGAAGGCAUGAAUGUUUUUUUUUUUUUUUGCAGCAAAAACCUUCUACACAUUAACUAAUGACUACAUAAUAUAGAUUAUAAACAUUAUCACAUUUGUAAAUACUCAGUUAGGCCAUUUUAAUAAUAUACAAAUAUACAAAUUUCAAGAUAUCUUUGAACUCUGAAUAAGUGUUAAUUCUUAAUCGACAUUCAACAUUAUACACAUUUAGUGACCCGCCCACGCACCCAUUAGGGUGCUUACUACGGAUUCUCCAACGCGCGUCGGUACGGAAAUUUCGACGCGGUUUCAUCAUUGCAGCGAACGAAUCAUUGACGUGAUUCGGUUAAUUAAUGAAUUCGGCCGAUUCGAUGAAUGAACCGUGGACUCCGGAAAACGGUUGUUUGUGGGGCAUGAGUGACAAAACUCGGCACCAGCAACGAUAAUUUCAUUCAUUCGGCGGUCUUUGAAGAAAAUCGAGUUCGUCAAGUCCGUCCGGGCGGCAGAAACGCACUCGGCCGUCCAUCGGAAUAUCGUCGGAAAUACGCGCGCAGAGAGUAUAACCGCGGUGUUCCGACGCGGGCGUUUCGCGCGUACUCGUCAGCAUUUGUAUUAUCCGCGUAGUAGUAACCGUCGGACAACCCGAUCGUUGUAAUAUUAUCGUUUUAUAGCGCGCGUAAUGCUCGACUGUACAAACAAUGAAAAGGGAAAAAAAAAAAAACGGGCGAAUAACAGUCGCGUACAACAGCUACGUGUCUCCGCCGCAGGGCCGUCAAAGGGGAUUUUUCGAAUUUUUUUUACCGUGCGAACGCUCGUGUUUUCGCGGGAGCCCGUAAAUAGCGCAAAUAGCGCAAAUACAACGGCUACGGCGACCACUACUGCGGCGAUAUAGCAUAAAUAUUAUCGCUAUCGGGCAAUAACAGUGCGGCGGCGGCGGCGCAAGAAAGGCCGGCGAGUCGAAACGGCGCGUCGUCCGCGCGACACUGCCGGUCGUCCCGGCCAGACCGGAGCCGCCGCAUUCCACGGCCCGCGCGCGACUUCCCGCCGUCAGGUUGGUACAACGAGCGUGCCCGUGUAUAAAAAACGCGACGCGCUCGCGGGCUCGAAGUCGUUUUUCCCGGAGACGAGCUCCGCGCGGCGGUCGCCGUACCCCGUCCGCCCGCUUACAGUCGGCGCGCGCUCCUUUGUCGUCGUCGCGGUCGCCGCGACCGUACGCAACGCCGCCGUUCGACGGCGAUGAUGAUAAUAAUAAUAAUAAUAAUAAUAAUAAUAAAAUAUAGUCGCCGCGCGAUAGUAACAAUAUAUCAUAAUAUCGUUAUCGCAAAUGCCGCGCCUCUGCGGAUACCGCGACGCUUACGAUAUUAUACGGCGCGCUCGCCUCUAUACGGUCAUAGUGUAAAUAAUAACAACGCGGUAUAUAACGCGCGGCACAACCCGGCGCGUCGUCGCCGUUCGCGAUCGCAUCUGUCGCCCGUGCAACGGGCGUAACAAUAUACGGGCGUGCGAUUGGUGGUAUACCGACGGCCGCGGACGAAAUGCCCCGAGGAAAAUGGGACGCCGCGCGUUACGCGGGGCGGGGGGGGGCCCCUGAAAAAUUUUGCGCGGCCCGCGCUAAAACGUCUGCGGUUCAAUUACGGUGCGUUCUAGAGAAUCCGACAUUCUACGUUUUCAAUGAGCAAAUAAAAUAAUACAACACACGCGACCAGAACUUUUGAGUACCGUUCAUCUUAUCGUUCUUGUUUAUUUUAUCUGUCGGUUUUUAACUUUAACCGAAUUGCCGGUUCGACAGAUAAUCACAGGUGGGCGCGACCAAGAAUUUAUUUAAUAAGAAAAAAAAAAAUUACACGCUCAUAGACGUUGUUUUUUUUUUUCUGGUCAGGUCGAUUUACCUCUACACUGUAUGCGACCCGCGGGUAAUUCUCAAAAAUGUAUUUAGCCUUUUUUCAAAAUCCCGCAGUGGUGACCCCGCUGCCGUAGACCAUCCGCCGGUACAUAUUAUAAUAACGACGGUGUUUUGUUAAAAGACAAGUCUAUCAAAUUUCACUUUUUUAAUUUUUUCAAUUGUCUAUAUUUAAAUACGCCAUUUUAUCAGUUUUAUGGUACUAAUUUUUCUGAUUUUUUCGGAUGCAAAACGGUAUUUUUCGAUUUCCAGUGGUAUACGGUAUCCUUUUAACAAAACACCAUCGAUAUUAACGUGCACGUUCUUUUUAAUAACAAUUAUACUAGGUAGCAUAAUAACGAAUACAACUAUAUUUUAUAUAUAAUUGAAAAAGUAUAAACCAAUAUCAUUCCUCGUUGCACUGGGAAUCUUAAAGUCGAACGUAAUGUAUAGUAGCUAAUUUUUAGAUUCCGAGUGGAGCUUAUGAUUUUACAAUGAUAUUUAUUUUUUUAUCUGUCGACAAUUUUUCUACCAGAAAUCUUGUUCGGAUUUACAAGCGUAGUACUUUUACUGGGAGAAAAUCUGACCGGGGUAGUACUAUAAUAAGGUAAUUUUCGAUUUUUCCAGGAGUUUUCCCAAUAAAUUGGAAAAACGUUUAAAAACCACAUAAUUGGUACAACAAUAAACAAAUAUUAACUAGGAAAAUAUAUUGCGCGUAUAUGUUACGUUAUUUCACCGUAAUAUGGCGUGUAUAUUGUUGACAAAGCAAUAAUAUCAUCAACUAAACUCCGCUCAAAAUCGUUUUUUCGUUCGCAAAAUGGUUAAAUCGUUGCAGCUUAAAAUUACCCAAAACGGCGGCUACGGCCCGUUCCUACAAUCGUAGGACAGUUGUUUUUUUUGUUUUUUCUUUAUUAUUAAUUUUGUUCGCAUAAUGCGCGUCAAAGUUUGACGAAAACCGCGAACGUCGCGUGCGUAAACGCCCCGGUUAUUGCGUUCCAUAACGCCGCGCGUUUCGUAAGUAACGAUUUUUGCGUUUUUACAACAAUAGUCAUCGCCCGUUGAACGGGAUCAUUUAUAAUGUAAUAAAACGGAGUAACCGUACGUAGGCAGCCGGGAUAAUGUAACGACCGCGGGGAAAACUGUGCCGAUUUUCUCGUCCGGCCGCGGUUUGUCGCGAUAAUCGGUGCAAUUACUUUCGGCGCGCGUGCGUGCGUACGCACGGACACGUUUCGUCCGCGGCCAUUUCCGAACCGGCCCGCGUUACUUACCACCCGACCGUCUGUCGGUCGCGGCGCGAAACACCGGGUUCUCCGUCCGCAGUACCGGCGCGUUCGAACCGUCGGUUUUUCUCUCUCUCGCCCGUAUGUCUAUGAUUACGAUGCCGGGGAAGCGGCGCGAUGAAAAAUUAAAAACCGUAUUUAUUACCCGCGCGCGUACAACGCAAUACCGUACCCGGGAGCGAUAAUAUUGUUAUUGUCGUUACUAUCGCCUUCCGUUUUCGCCGUCGUCGUCGCCGUCGCCGUCGUGCCGCCGCGUGCGCGAUAAUAAUAAUAAUAUCACGGACCGCCGCGGAUUCGGACGGUGUAAAAGAGACGGUCCCGCGGAUAAUAUUAUUUAUAUACGACGCAUAAUAACGAUAAUAACGAUAAUAAUAUAUUAUGCAGCGAGCGCUGCGGAGUCUGCGCGCGAGCGGGGGNGGGGGGGGGGGAGAAGACGGCGGCGGCGACGACGGCGACGACGACGACGACGACGACGACGCGUAUCGUACGGCCGUCGGCGAACGAGAGAGAAGAGAGACGGUCACGGUCGAGAUGAAAACGCAUUUUUUCCUCGAGGCGAGUGACCUUCGGGCGAUCUGCACCGUCGGCGGCGGCGGCGGCGGGCACGUUCAGCCGGUCGGAACAGGGGGGGCUCCCGUACCGAUAUAAUAAACGAGCGCGCGCGCGUACGUCACUCCCCCGUCGUCGCGCCGCCGUACGGAAAGUGCCCGUGCGGCGACGAGGACGACGGCGACUGCGACGACGACGACGACGACGGGAAUUCGUGGUCCGGAAAGGUAUGCGGUAUCCGGUCACGGGAAAGAACUUUGUUGAUUUUUUUUUCUACUCCGCCGUUCAUAUCCAAUAAACAACACCGGCGGCUACGGCAAUCGAAAUAUUAUAUUAUUAUACCUGUACUUGGGUUUUUUUUUAUAUAUAUAUAUAGAUCUUAUUUUUUUUUUCGCCGCAGGCAGAUCAUACUGUUCCCAGUAAACUGUGCGAACGAACGUUAUACCCGCGCACAAAUAAAAUGGCGUAUCGACGCGUCGGCCGCAACGAUAAAAAAAAAAAAAGUCUAAUAACGUUAUUAUUACACUCGGUCCGUCCACGGUGCAGAAACCGAAUGUACAGGGCGCGUUGGUUUUCAGGGGCCGGGGAGCGUAGAAAAAACCGCGGCCCGGGAAAUAAAAACCGAAAAAUCGUGUUGCGAUAAAGACUAGAAAUAUUUUCGCGUGUAGCGGCGGAAAUUUUAUCAGUUUUACCGGGGUGCGGUGUAAAAACGUUUCCCAGGCUGCUCGCGCCGUACAAUAUUAGAAUAUUAAACAUGAUUAUAAAAAAUACUGUGUACUAAAAUACGCGGAUAUUAAUUCGCCCGGUGGUACCCAUAUUUUUCGAUAAUAUUAAAUCAUCGACGCGCGAGACGCAGAAUAUUGUCGGCGGGUGAAAUAAAACUCGCGGUGUAACCUGUACGAAAAUCAUUUUUUCUGCGGCGCUCUUCGGUAGAUUUACGGACGUAAUCGCGCGAAUGUGCGCCCCCAUAAAUAAUAAUGUAGCGAAUCACGAUAAGUUCGACGACACUGUUGUUUACGAUGGUAUUGCAACAACACCUGUGGAUUCGGUUUGUUUUGUUUUUUUUUUUUUUUUUUAUGUAUACGCCACUGCAAAUUUAUGCGAAUCACAACACGACGCGUAUGUACCCGUGUGCGUGUGUGUAUGUGUGCGCGCGCGCGCGCUGUUUUUUAGGCUAACGGUCUGAGAUUUAUGCGAUAGUGAUGACGUCAAUAAUAGCGCCGCGGUAAUGACUUGAAUGUGUGUCUCGUAUAUUGUUCGAUAAGUAUAUUAUAUUGUAACAAACGCGGAGAAAAAAGCGAAAGCCCCGUCCGCUGUGACAAUAAUGGAAAAAUAAAAAAAAAAAAUAACAAACAAACUGCUGCACCGCCAUUGUGUGCUGAAAACGCGGUGGCGUCAUUUCGGCUUUUCUCCAGACCGAGGCGAACGUUUCGUGUGUAACUUCGUGAUGACGCACCAGACAUUAAUAAAUCAAAAUCGACAAUAAUAUUAUUGUAUGCCAACCCGCGCGAAUCGCAAAAAAAGAAAAACUGCAAAUUUCGUUGUGUUUUGUUUGGUUUUUCUUUUCAAAAACAGUAAGCAUAGCGGCAAGCGGCCAAUCGGUUGAAAUCGGAAUAGAGAAACGUACCGGAAGAAAAAAAAAUCGUCCGAGUAUGCGCUUCGGGCAGUACUUGAGUCGAUUCUGCGCGGGGUUUCCGUGUACUCAUUCGCGUUUUCCUGGAUCGUGCGGGUCCCCGGACCAAAUGAACCCAGACCGGAGAACCGGCGUCGUUUUAACGGCGGAUCGGAAGCGAUAAAAUGUCCGGUUGAUUUAUUCGAUAUGAAUUUCGCCGUGUUGUCGAGGGGGAGUGGUUGUUUCGUUAACUUCAAAAACCACUGCGGGACGUAUCCAUCGGGGGGGACGGCAUUUCCCUAUACGCUUGGCGGGGUUGGUAUCGAAAAUGGGUUUGUUGGUGGUUUCGACUUUCAAUCGCGCGCGCGCCUAUACAACGAAUGCUCGAAUCUUACCGUUUAUUUUUUUGCGAGCACUUCAGCUGUAUAAUUACAGUUAGGUAUAUACUGUUCGUUUUCAUGCUCGGAUUUCCCUGUACAUUUUUUUUUUUAUCGAACGUAUGGCAAAUACACAAAGUUGAAAUCUACAAGUUUUAGUACAUUACGUUGUCAUUCGGUUAUUGAUUGUUUUGCAAAGAGUGUGUGUUUAGUUCUGUGAUACGCGAAAACGGGCGGAGUGAAAAUCGUACCCCCCCCCCUCCCAUCGACGGGGGACCCGUCUGCUGUUCAACUACGGUAUUUCUCUCACUCGAUAUUCGCCGCGAGCGCGCCGCCGACAUUUUAUAAUAAUACGGCGGUUGAUUAAACAUAUUAACAUACUACCUGUAUACCAUUAUACUUGAGUAUACGCGCGUCGUGUAUAAUUCUUGUGGUGCGCUCGUCGUCACGUCCACUCGAUUAUCUGACGCGUUCGCACCGUAUUAAAUUAUAUUAUAUUUGCGCUUGGUUUUCGCACGUACUUGGCCCUCGUGUAUGCUCGCGUAUACGCACUCCGCGUUUCCUACGCGGGCUUAUACAAAUACGAGGCACGGUCGUUCGAUACGUGUUUUUCGCAAUACGGCUAUACGACGUAGGCGCGUUAUUUAUCUUGCGCGCGCACUGUAACGCGGAGAAAACCGUCGGGUUCGCCGCAACGACAAUAUUGGUAUAUUUUAUACUAUUGACGCGUGUAAUGCGCACCGAAACGCAUAAUACAGCAAAAUCGUUGAAUCGUUUGCGGACAAAAAAAAAAAACGAACGAAUAAUCGAUUACGCGUGGUGAAGCUCGGUGGUCGCCGACGUUCUGUUCCCGGCUGAAACGAGAAAACAGACGCCGAAGCGUUUCGAAAAUCCACCGUCAAGUUUGAAAAUCCGACUUCGAAACUCUCUCCCCAACCCCCUCCUCGUUGCCGUUGCAGUCCGCCCGCGACCGGAAUUGCAGAUUCCUGCGUGUUACAGUGUUUUAUUUUUAUUCGUAACAAUUAUUUCAGUUGGACUGUUUGGUAAUCUAGAAAAACGUAUCGUUCAAAGUGCGCGGCACGAUCAUGCGAACUGCGCAGCUUCAAGUUUCGCCGAUUAACCGAUACAGUGUUUUCGGAGACGGAAAAAUAUAAUGUCCCGUAAUGCGUUUUCCGCACAGAAUCUAAAAUUAAACCUAUCAUGUAUAAUAUUAUAAUGUACAGCCUUCAGUGGAAUAAUGGACUAAUCCAAAAAAUGUUCACAUUGGAUUAAUGCCAUUAAUAUCAUCCGUAAACCGUUCAAUUAAUGCAAAAUCGGUCUAAGCCACCUUUACUUAAUAUUCGCUAGAUGGCAGCACUUAAAUGCUUUAAUGCAUUUUAACGUGAUAAAUAAUUUUAAGAGCAAGAAUUUAAGCUAGAAACUGAAGCGGGUUAGUCUAUCUUUACGUCCAUUUUGGGUUAGUCAAUUAUUGCACUGAAGGCCUCGUAUUAUGUCCGAGCAGUGCUCUGCUGCACCACGGCGUGCUUGAAGUAAAACAAAGAAAUUCGGGUCCGCCCGAACAAAAAGUGGAUUUUCACGCGUAAUACGCAUAAUUACAGCAACAAUUUUAUUUGGCUACGUUGACUACGCAAUAUAAGCCAUCGUAUCCGUCAGUAGAUACUUAUAGUGAUAAUAUAAUACGCAAAACCGAAAGCAUCUCUGAUCUCUGAACUAGGCAAUCUUAAUCAACAUUCAACGACAUAUUCGAUCAGCCACCCGUCCGACUAUUAUAUUCACGAGGCGAUCGCCUCAAAAAAAAAAAACCUUUGUCUCGGCACGCCACUGUAUACGAGAGUGCAUCAUAGGUAAUUAAAUAAAUUGUUUGUCGAAAACAAAACGCUGCGAUGACCCGGAAAAUUAGCACGCUCGAAAAGAGAUCUUGCCGUGUAUACGGUUAUUCGAUGGAUCGGAUUUAUACAAUAAUCCCGAGGUAAACUUGUGUGAACCGUAAACGUAUACAGUGUAUUCAUACACGUGCCUACGAUACGAAAUGAAUUUCACUUGUCGUCACGAGCGCACGCGGAUUCCCGGGUGAAGUGAACCAAAAAGAAUACAAAACAUUAUCCGCCCGACGAAAAGAACGUCGGCGAGUUCGCAUUUUAAUUUGGCGUGUUUAUCACGCCGCGGUAUUUUCAUUGUAAUGAUAUUUCCAUCGUUAUUAUAUACGGCGACGGCGGCGACAAUACGGGUACGAAUUAUAGAGCGGUUAUGAAAAUUCGACUUUCUUGACGUUUGAAACGCACAGGCGAUGUUGGAUUAAAAAAAAAAAAAAAAAUAUUAUAAUAGUUUUACAGGACACUGUUUAAAUGUAUUCCUUUCGUUUAUUUUUCGGUACCUCGAGACUAUGAAUUAAAUUUGAUUUUUUUGUUCAGACUCAUAAACGACAUGUAGAAAAGGAGUUCCGACAGUACACUUUAACGUUGAAUUUUAAACAUACAUUACAUACAUUCGAAAUAGUAAAAAAAAAAAGUCGAUUUCUAAACUUCAUCCCGGUACGAACAGUGCAGUGUUAUUAUUCAAUAUUCAAUGUGUCCCAAAAUUAUCACUGAAAUCAAAUAACUAUAGGCCUGUACAAUACAGGCAGUGAUUAUUGUUCAAUUAGUCAAUUUGCUAUUAUUUCUAUUUAGAUACUAAUCUAAUCUUGUUCAUAUAAUAUAUGUUGGGGGGGAGGUAGUUUAAGUAUUAACUAUUACAUUGUUAUACGGGUACCGACGGUUUUUUUUUUUUCUGACCGACAAGUAAAGAAAUUUGAGUUUAGUAUAAUAGAUAUUAUUUAAAAAAAAAAAAAAGUUUAAGGGAAAAAUAAAUUUCCGAUGUAAACUCCUCCUUCUCCCCACCCCACCACUCUUAAAAACGACGCCACGCGAAUAUACAGGUAUACGUGUCAGAAAAAUACGAUUUUCCAAAUGGUUAUUCGGAACGUAAUUACAGUAUAAUACGCGCGGUAUUAUAAUAACGUUGCGGGUUCGUGUGUAAUAAUAUCAUAAUAACGUGGAUAUACUGAUGCUGAUUCGUAAUUUCGUAAAUUUUUCGCCAGUAAAAUAAUAUUGUAAUAUCUGUAAAUACAGACGUGUGUGCGUGUGUGUAUUCAGCACGUACUGCAUUUUACCUGUGCGCGGUAUUAUGCGUUUAUUAUUGUAAUUUUUUUUUUUUUUUUUGGAUUUUCGAAAACCGCCGUUCGAAUGCGAAUAUAAUGUUGAAAAUCCUAAAUAAUAAUAUAUUGUUGUAACGCGCACAGGUCAGUGGCGAGGGCAAAGUUUUUUUUUUUUUUUUUUCUAACCGAAAUUCGUAUACAACUGCGUAGGUGUAUACCUAUACCGAUAUUAUUUUAUUAUUCGGGUCACGGUCGUGAUUAACGGUCCCCGACUUUUAAACUUUUUCUCGACGGCGACGAACAUAACACGCGAAUCGGACGUACUUCUUCUCGUACAUGUCCGCGCGAUUUGACAAAAAAAAAAAAAAAUAAACAUUUAUAACCGUGGUGUUGCGUAGACAAUACGGUGAAAUUCGAUGGGAUGACCAAUCGUAUUCGUUCAAUUGUUCACCAGUUCCCCCUGCGUUAUACCCGUCAUCGCGGUUUGCCGCGAUAAAAAAAAUCCUCGGGAUGUUCGCGAGCCGUCGGAUUCUGCCCGUUUCGUAUAAAUACGUUUUUUAACACGUUGAGAGGACUCAUCUGUCGGCCUCGGUCCAACUGUAACGGACAACGUAGCGAAAUUACGUUACACGCGCUUAGAACGCUAAAAUAAAUCGCGGACUUCAGGGACGAAAUCGCACAGUUUAAAGACGAGAACACAUUUUUCGAGGGCCGCGCGAGGGGUUUUUUUAUUUUUCGAAAUAUUCUCACGCAAAAUAGCCAUAGCUAUUAUUUAAAGAAAACCAAAACUAACGUAGCUAACUAACUUCUGACCAAACGCAGUCCGCGCAAGUGUUUUUUACUAGAUCUUGUGUUUGAAAGACGGAAACGACGAAUGCACGUGUCGGUACCGUCCUCUCAUCAACUGAUUUGGCGGGCACGGCGUCCUCGCGUAACGCAAUUCCACGUGCCAGUGUUUUAGCCGUCCGUGAAAAUUAUACGCGAACAAUUAAUUAAUAAUUCGACGCGUUCGCGGUGUCCCCCGCGAUUCUGCGAAUCGAACAUUUGUCGAACGUUUGAGUGGAUUCUCGUCGACAAAUCGCGCGCGCAAUACCGUCUUUUUUAGUCGAGGGUUCGUUCGCAAUCGUGUCGAUAAUCGCGAAACAGCGUCUGAACGUACGUAUUCAUCGCGAUUGAAUACUUCGGAAUCCUCUCCGUUGCGAUUAGGUACGGCGGCGGCGGCGGGAACGAAAUAUUUUUAUUUCAACUAGGUUUUCGGUAUUUGUCAGAUUUUUUUUUUUUUCUUAUUAUUCUUUUGUGUUCGGAUCGGAUCGGUUCGUGCGUGCGCCACGGAAACCGGAAAAUCGACGGUCCGCGUUCGGGAGGUAUACAAUCGCGAAGUAUUUCCGUCGUCGUCGCGGUCGGUCGCAAAGUCGGUUUCCCCUUGGCCAGGUAUUAUAAUAACACGGUGACGCGCAAUAAAUCGCGUCGGUUUUGGAUUACAGGCGUCGUCGGUGGAGCGGCGCUACACGCAGUUCGUCAGAUCGUCAUGAAAAAAAAAAACGUGAAAAAUACGCUUUUUAAAUAGCUUUUUACUGUUUGCGUUUAUGCGGCCCAAUCAGAAAAACUAAAAGCAAGACAAUGCACUCUGGUACGUAUUGUAUUUCUGUUACUGUAUGGACCGGCGAAAUUUCAAAAUGGUCUCCUCGAAACGUCGCACACCCGAAAAAACCCGUUACGGUUCUGGCGUCGUUCUGGCUCGACGUUUCAGGGAUAUACCGUAAUAAUAUGGAUCCGUACCCACUCGUUUGUGUCGGAUAUAAUGUCGCAAUACAAACGCACGCUGCGGACCCGACUGCAAAAUACGGCGCGUUAUCCGUUACGAAAGUUACAACACUGUAUCGUAUUUUUUUUGUUGCGACUUUUCAACUGUAUAAUAAAAUAUACCUAUCUACUCAAAGAAGUUAAAGGCAAUGCCCGUCGGCUUCGUAACGUCAUUAUAUCAUUAUUAUUAUUAUCGCGGUUAUUAUAUCGCGGUGUUGGCAACAGUGCGGCGAGAUCGUCCGCGGCUGCAGACGAGUCACUGUCCGUAAUGGGGCGACAAUAAAUCCAAAUGUCGGCGCGGCAACAACACCAGCAAUAAUAAUAACAAUAUUUACAAUCAGCAAACUGUGACCAUAUUUGGCGUACACGAUUACGGUCGGCAGGUAUACCGCGCGGUAUACUCGUGCGCCGCCGACACCUUUCCCGAACACGGUCUCGCAUUUAUACGGCUUAUUAUUAUUAUUAUUCUAUGCCCGCGUAUGUGCAUUGUUGUUUUGGCGUACAGAGCGCCGGUAGGGGCGGGCGGGGGGAAAUUAAUAUCGGCCGAUAAAAUAUUUUACACAUUAAUUUAUAUUACGCGUUUCGCGUCCCUACUCUCAGCUCCCGUCCCACACUCCCACCGUCUAGCCCCGAAAAACCGUACACGACGACGGACAGUCGGGUUCGUCGGAGGUUUUUUUUCCUCUCCGUUUUUCGUGUACAUAAUACACUGCUACCCGGCCGCAGUAAUUUCCGUCAUCAUUAUUCAUUAAUAAUAAGACGGCACCGCGAAAUAUAAUAAUAGCCUAGGCAGCGCCUAAUAAUAAUAAAGCCGUACGAUUUUAGGUAGGUAAUAGUAGUAGUAACUAGUAGUAGUAGUAGUAGUAGUAGUAAACUGCAGUGGAGUUGGUAAUCGUUUUGCACGAACAGCUCUUCGCAAUAACAACUGAAAUAUUAUAAUGUAUACCCGUUAUAAUAGGUACCACUGGUAUUAUGUUUUAAUAAAUAGGGACCGGAUUUAUGCGCAUUUUUCUCCUCUUCCGUAUAGCGGUUAAAAAAAAACUAAACCAGCUUGAUCGGAUAGAAAUAUUUUAAUCCCAACGUGUUUCGGUAUUAUGGUACACUAAUAAUUAUUGAAAAUUUGUUUGCCAAAUUUUUUCGACGCGUAACAUACAGACUCGAUCGUCAGAACCGACUUGUUCCGAUCACCGAAAUACCCAUCAUAGACUCGUGCAACUAUAGACGGGCCAUUCGGUACGAUAGCGCGUGCCAGGGGCCCGUGGACCGAAUGUGGAGUGAAGCUGUCCUCGGGGGAAAGUUUCUUUCUUUCUCACACAUCACAGUCUGUGCGGCUCUCUCUUGUGAUCGGUUUGACGCGACCACACCUUCUAGUCCUCGGACAUAAUUUUUCAUCGGUAUAUCUACCCAAAUCUAUCUAAAAAACGGACAGAAAAUAACGAUAACCAUCUUCCGACUAAAUCUAUGAUAUGAUUUCAAUUUCAAUUUUUCAAUAUAUUUUAAUGGUUGCCACUAAAAAAAAUCUUUUUUUUUUUUAUUGCAAUAAUUUAUCGUGGCUACGUGUGUUAACUAAAUAAUUACCUACCGGAUAUUGUACGUCUUAUACCGACUUCCUCCUUUCCCAACAGUGAGAUUUUGCCGAACCAGGCACCCUAAACCCUAACCCUUACUCAACGGACUGUUCUGAAUUAAUCAGAGACUUUGCGGUAAUUAUGAACUCGAACGAAAUUAACAUAACGUAUACUUAAAACCGUUCAUAUCGAACCUUACAAUACUCAUACAUAUUAAUGAUAUGGGUAUUCAAUAUUAUUUUCGUUGAUGUGAAUAUUGGCAUACACUGUAGUAAAACGAACGAUUACAAGUCCUACAUACUUAUUACCUAUCCUAUUCCAAACUCCCUGUAUGUCCACAUUGUCGUUCAUCUUGUACCGCGACCUACAACGGAUAAAGAACGCAGUGGCCAAUCCAAUAUUUUUAAUAUCUAUGCAGAUAUUUGAAUUUCCAGUCGCGCCGGUGGUUGGGUUAGGUUAGGUUAUCGAAUGGUUAUCGAAACAUUUGGACGGUGUUAGUGCAAAAGAGUUCGUCGGAUUUUUUUCUUAUUUCAUAGUAACGUGUUUCGUAUGCAAUUUUGUGCCGCGUCUACUGGUACCACUAGUUUGAACGGAUGUAGGACCGUUAUCGAGUUAUUGAUAGGUUUAUAUGUGUUUUAUCACAAGUUGUGGUGCCUAAUUAAAUUUAGAUCGUGAAAAAGUGCUCAAGCCAAUGUUGUUCUCGGUGUAAAAGUUUUUCGACCAAUUCGUCUAUUUUAUCCUAAUAUAUGAUCCAAAAGAUUUCCGAUAAGUAUCGAAAACCGAUAACAAAACGGAACUAUAAUUCUGCACCGGUUUUAUUUCAUUUUUGAAAAUCCAUUAUAAAAGCUCAAGAAUGGCUUGAUUUUUUUUUUUUUUUUUUUACCAUUAUUUUCCCUAGUUUUCCUGUGGUUCUGUAAUUUCCGUAAUUUUUUUGCGCAUGUUUUUGGUUUUUGUAAUUUAAAAACUUUAAAAUUUGUUUUUAUGAAAUCGCGAUCACAUAUUCGUACUUUGGUCUACAUUCAGACAGAUACACUGCAGCCAUAUUGUUUUACCGUCACUGAAAAUGAUCGUUCUUUUAGUUAGAACACCGGCACGCGCGCCCUCUCGGUUAUAAUAAUAUUAUUGAAAUACGAUAUUAUUAUAUUAUUGUAUAUAAUUAUAAUGGGUUACGUGGCCGCCGUCGUCGUCGUCGUCGGAAGAAACGCGGAGGUUUGCACGAGUUCUCCGCAGGAGAGCAAAAGCGCAGUCUGCUGCCAUAAUAAUAUACGCGACCAUAAUAAUAUUGUAUAGGUACUUACGACUAUGUAUCUCGGCCGAGACACGGGUAUUAGUUUUAUAAUUUUUUUUUUUUGAAUUUUUUUUUCUCUAAUACGCCCUCUUCCUCUCUAUCUCUCUCUCCCCCUCCCCCCCUCCCUCCUCACUCUCACUCACUCACUCUUUCUCUCCAUCUCGGCUAAAAUUCAUGCGCAUACCGAUACAUACACUGCGGCUAUAUUCCGUGCAGCGCGUUAUAAAUCAGGUUUGCAAGAAUCUGGUUCACGUUUAGUCGGAAAAUAAUUAUUACGGAUACACGUCUGCGGCGGCCGCGACGACGGCGACGGGAACCCGCAAACUCGGUUGUACGGCGAUUCAUACGAUAAUGGCCGCCGCCGCCACACAUCUUCGCGCCGACCAAUUUUUAUUUCAAUUUUUUUUUUUUUUUUUUAAUUUUCUUUGUUUUUUUUUUUUUUUAUUUCAUCGAAUAUACGAGUGUAAAAUAAUAUAAUAAAAUAACGUUUAAGCGUAGUAAUAGGACGUACUAUCGCGGCGAAGGCCGUCGCCGGCUGUACGCCGCCGCGCGUGGACAGUACGCGACAGUCAUGGCCCGUAUUGCUGAGUAUACUUUUCUGGAGGGGGGGGGAGAGGUGACGAGAGGAGGCCGUAAACAAAUCGGUCGAACGGGCCUAAUUUGAUUGCGUAAAAAUUACCAAAUCGAUAAUAUUUUGCGCGUACAAAUUCUUACUCUAUAUAAUAUGUAUUUAUCAUACUUGGGAGGAAGAAAUGAGUAGGGUUGAAAUCGACGAAAAAUACCACGAUCGUCGGUUUCAUUAAACAUUAUAACAAUAAUUAUCAUUAAACAUGUGAAAUUGAAAAAAAUGAAUUACGAAAAUUGUUGUCCAACGCCAAUAAUUGCUGCAGACGCUUACGGUUUUUCGCGAAAUUCGUGUUUUGAUUAUUCCGGACAAACAAUAUUUUCUGUAAACCAACGUGAUUGGGUGACACACAAAAAAAAAAAAACAAUACUAGAUAUUUAUUCUGAUUAAAAAACAAUUAUAGACAACUCCGAAGAUUUUAAAUUAAUUUAAAUAAUAGCUUCCAACCGUUGAAUAAACGGUAAAAAUUAAAUCGCGGAAAAUUGAAUCUAUUUUUUUAUCCCAGGCGGGUUUCGUUAUUAUUUUGUUUCCUAAAAAGUUAGUUUUUGGUAAAAACGAGCCGUCUACAGGUUAUUGCGCAAAGCUCUUCAAUUAUUCACGUACGGCGAUAAAAUGGUUUACGGUUUUUUUUUUUUGGUGGGUAUUUUUUGUCCAUUCGAAAUCGCGACGUGGGUGUAAUAAUAAUUGUCGGCCGCCACCACAUAAUAUUAUGCACCGUCGUGAAGGCGGGCGUCACCGAGAAUAAAACGAUAUUUCCGCCCCGAAACAAGAGAGAAAAAAAAAAACAUUUUAUACUAACGUUUUUUCACUAUAGUUUUUAAAAUAGUAUUUAAUUUAUCGCCUCGUUGCUUUCCUUUUCGCCGCGAAUUCCGGGCGAGUUACUCGAGGAUUUAACUGUUGACUCGAGUACAACUCAACAGGCGACUGCCAUAUUUUCCGUUUUGUAUAACAGAUUCGAGUGUUUUUAACGAACUGUCUUGGCCACAUCGUUUACUGCAAUCGAUCGUUUGAUAAUUUAAUGCAUUUUUCGAAAAACGCGAGUUGUAGGAAUCUGCGAACAAUAUUACAAUAACCACAUUUUCCGUGAUCAGUCAGAUAUACUGGACAUCCGUUGGUAAAAUACUGUUCAGUGAACAAAACGUUUUGGUGACGUUGCAAUCAAGUAGCAAACAAUGCAGCAUUAACUCGAAAAUCCUUCGUUCCGAAUCAUUAGUGACGCAGCUAACGGGUAAAAUGUCGACAAAUCGAGACUCGGGAAGCCCCAAUAUCGGAGGUUAAUCCCCUAAAUGUAAGUCGACGCUCGCAAGACGAGCAACGGAAGUUCGUUUUACAAGGUUUUUGGUAAAAUACGAUUCAAAGAUAGAAAGUACCUAGGAUUAUUAUUCAGGGCUGUUUAAACUGUCGAGAGUAGUCCCCAAUUCGUUUUCGACUUUAGGGCCUUUUAGUGUGGUUAUUAGAUUCCGAGCUAAGCGAGGCGUGUUAUGGUUUUACAAGGAUGUCUUUUUUUGUGUCUGUCAACCACUUUUCUACCAUAGAUCUUUCUCCAAUCAAAAACUUUAUAAAGAAAUUUCUUUUCGCAUUUUUGAUCUUGUUGCUGCAAUGAUGAGAUCAUUAUUUGAUUUUUUGUAUAGUUAAACGGAGAAUGUUGACAGUUUUUUGUGUAGUGUUUAUCGAUUUAUUGGUAAUUUUGGCAACGAGUGGAUAAAAUAAGACAAAAUAAUAUUCCGCUCAGAAUCGUUUUUCGAUAAUUUAUCGUUGCGUACAAAUCGAAUUACUCUGUAUGUCCUCUCGUCCGGCUACCAUCCUAAAACAGAGUUGCACGCCUAUAUCAUCAGUAUCGGCCAUUUAUGGUAUUAAAAUCCAUCGAAUAAAAAAAAAGAUUUACGAAUUAUACGAGUAUCCGGGGAAACUCGUAAGAAACUAUUAUUAAUUCGCGUACAAAAAUCUCAAUCACCACGCUCAUCACACACGCCGUAUCGUAUUUACGGAAAUCAACGAUCGGGCGGUGACUAACGACCGUGCCGUAUAAUUUUAUCCGAUUCACUUGGAAAAAAAAAAAAUAAAGAGAAUCGCCGAAAUUUAAUUUGUAUAUUAUAUAGCGUCGGUGCGAGCUAUAAAAUAAUAAAACUUUUUUAGACAGCACAAAACUAUACUUUUUUCUUGAAAACUGAUACGUAUGAAAAUUUAAAAACCCGUCUUGAAUGUGUUACCGUUAUUUGUCCGUUUCUCCGCCCGGGUUCAAAAUUUCAUAUCCGCGGGCGCGCGCGCGUUGUUGUAGUUUUUUUUUAUUAUUAUUUUUUUUUUUUGUCCUAAACCGGUGCGUCGUUGUCGGUUUUUUUAAAAUUUUAGAAAAAUGUUCGGGUUCGAUAGGUAACUAUAAAGUUAUACGAGAAUAUUCGAUUCUCGAUAAGACACUCGUUAUUUCUCAAAAAAUUAUUAACUUUUUUCAGAUUUUAUUUUAAGAAACAAGCAUGUCUAUAAACAGUGUUACGAUUUCUUUACUUUUGUCACCUUUAGUUGUGGGAGUGAAAUACCUACGUGUUUUUGAUUUUCAAACGGGAACAACCUGUAUAAAAAAUUGUGAUGUUAACCGAUGGAGGUUGGAGUAUAAGUCAAAAUACAUUUUGAUGUUGAAAUUUUCGAUUUCCGUCCGAUUUCGUCCGAGAUAAUUACUUCUAAGUUUAGAUUGGGGGAGAGUGGUGGAACAUUAUUUAAACGCCGUGAGUCGUGUCGCCACACAAAUAAUGCUCCACUACCCUGUCCCAACCCGAACUUAAAAGCGGAAUAUCACGGUGACGGAAAUGAAUAAAUUCGACAUCAAAAUGUGUUUAAAUUUCAUCUGUUUCGGGCAUUUUCAAUGCAGGCUGCUAUUUGAAAAUCAAAUGUAGGCAACCGAUCUAAAAUACGGGCGACAAAAAUAAUGAAAGCGAAACAUUUUAUAUAUGCUAUUGUUUGUUAAACUUUUAUAAUAAAAAAAAUUAAUAUUUUCCGUGAUUAUGAGUGUCUUAUCCGUAUCGAGGAUUGAUUCAUUCAACGUCUAAAAUAAAGUACUGCCGAACACACAUGUUUUAAAGAACGAUAUGAAUUUCCUCUAAAAAACACCGUAUAGUAAAACGUAAGCGGGUUUUCUAUGACUCCGAUUGAGGAUGUAUGAUGUUCUCUCUCCCACAAGUGACAUUUAAAUGUAUAGGAUGUUUUGUUUUUUCAUCAUAAACCAGCAAUUUUCUCGGAGGAUUUUAAAUGAAUUUGAUUUCUGUUUUUUUUUUUUUUUUUUUUAAUCGCUGUGGAAUCUUUAUUUUUUAAGUUUUUACCCCUACUCCAUACACUUCAAAUGAAUAUAUUCUUUUGCUUUUCGAAUAGAAACCCCUCAUUUUGAAUACGGACUCGAGUGGAAAAUAGUUUUGGUAUGCACACCACUAUGUAAUAUCAGAUUUACCGUUUAUGAGUUUAGGGAACAAUUUAUCAUUUAUAAGCCUUCCCCACUCUUUCGGUCUAUAAACUUUAAACGGUAAAUAUUAGUGUUAUGCGUAUCAAAAUGUCUAGAAAAAUAUUCUCUAAUCGAAUCUGUGUCCGAAAAGGUGGUUCCUAUAUGAAAAUCAAAAGUAUAUAUACUUAUUUAAGGUAUAUAAAUGGAGUAGGGGUAUGAGAUUUAGAAAAAAAAACAGAAAUCAAAUGUACGUAAAAUCCUAAGAGAAAAUUGCUGGUUCGUGUUAAAAAAAAAAAAAUACAAAAAUCCCGGCUACGCGCGUGUCCCGAACGCGUUUGCCGAUUGCCGGGUAGGGAAGAAAAAAAAUCGGACGUUGCUCGUUCACGGCCAAUAAUUCGUUAUCAAUGAUGGACAGGGAAAAGGACGAAGUCCCGGCCGCGAGAUUAAAUCGACGGAAUGACGUCCGCCUCGUUUCGACGACAAACGACUCGAGCGAGUCCGGUAGAUUUUUUUUAAUUUUUCUGUCCCCUCGGCGAAGCGUUUAUGCCGACGGACCGUAUUAUACACGUCGUGUACACGUGACGGACAAAAGCGUGGGGGCAUAAGGUCCUCGUGCGGCGGCGGGGGAAGUGAAGUGUCCGUCACCGAAGCUUUGUGCGGCUCGAGGAUUUUCCGUCUACAAUAUAAUAUAUGGCUAGGCUCCUCUCGUCGCGUAUACGAUAACUCGUUGUGGAUGAAUAUUUAUCGCGAGGUUUUUUUUUUUAAGUAUUUUUUUUUACAUUUUUACGUUUUGUCACGUUACAAUAUAUUUUUAAUAAACGACGAGUCAUCGUCUUCACGAUUGUCGUCGGUCGUGGGCAGCGACAGCAACUCCGUCAGAAAACCUAGGAGAAAAAAACGACGAGCGACAGGUGCUAGGAAUGAAUCAUUCGUUCGAACGAAUUUAUUCUGAUGGAAACAUUGUGUUGUUCCGGAUAAAUUUACACGGGUCUUAGACGACUGCGUACAUAAUAUUAGUAUAAAUAAUUUAUCGUUGUGACAAUCCGGAAUGAAAUAAUUGUACCGCGGGGGAGGGGGGACUGUUCGCAAAGAACCGACAGACGUUUUUGGUCGACAUAAAUUCGGACCUCCCAAGCUAAAGGGCCGAAAAUCAAAAGUGACGGUUUAGAACAUUGCUCUUCAGAGCUUCCGUUAUUUCGGGCGCGUAAUGUGUAGUUUAAUAAUUUAUCUGUAUAUUUUUAAACUAUAUACGUUGCUCUUGCACGGUUUACAAAAACCUUGGGUUUUAGAUUCUGAAUAGAGCGAGAAAUGUAUUGGUUUUACGACGGUAUUAUUAUUUUUUAUUUUUAUGUAAACACUUUUUCUACCAGAAAGUUUACUCCGACUAUCAAGUAUAGCACCUUUUCUGAAAGGAAAUGUUCUCUGGCUGGUAUACUUUACAGUGGUUAUAUUUUGAAAUUAUCAUUAUUAGUCGAUAUAAUGAGAAAAACCAGGUUGUUUAAGAUAAAAAAAAAAAUUGAAAGAUUAAAUAAAUGGUUAUCAUUGGCACCCUUUUUGUCUUUUGGCUUUUGUUAUCAUUAAAUUUUUAUUAUUUUGAAUCUUUUUCAAACAAUCAUUGUUGUACUCAAUUUACCAUAAUGUAACAUAUAUCUAUAUACCAUUGACGAAGCAACACUAUCAACUGAACUCCGCCCAGAAUCGUUUUUUCGUUAGCAACGGUUUUUCGUUGCUUGCAGAUAUACCCGUUAAAUUCCCGUUCGUAUCCUACCUUCUCAACUUUCCACCCACAACAGUAGCUGUAUCCACGUGCAAUGUAUGUCAGUAUUUUUUUUUUUUUUUUAUAUAAUUAUCAAAAAUUCUACAAAAUAGUUAGUUUUGAAGCAUAGGUUUUUGGCGUUUGUUCAUUUGUUGAAAUCCAAACAAAGGACACGGAAAUAUAUUUGCGCAACACCGUGAUAACUGUAACCGCGGUUCGGGGUUGGGUUGGACCAUCGUGUACGCAGAGCAAAAAUAAAUAACAAUAUUUAUUCAACAGCGUAUUGGGCUAUGUAUCAAUAUAAUACGGGCAAACAAUACUGGCUUUCCGGCUUAAUAAAUGGCGUGGAACUACUUAGCUGUCUGCUCCAGUUGACUAAUUUAAACUCGCCGCCGUAUACUCGCGUGCAGUGGCGCUCUCCGAAUUAAAUCCCCCCGGGAGAAUUUCGUUAACAGAAAAAAAAAAAAAAAUCCAAACUGUUCAAAUCUCAGAUGAUCUCCCCCAAUUUUUACUGUAUAAUUUCUGUAAUCUCAAUUUACUGUAUCGGUUAAUAACUGUGUCAAUAUUCUUUACUAAAAACAUUUUUUUUUUUUUUUUUUACAGACCACCGGAAUACUGACGCUGUUCAGGCGCACCUGACGUCCGCGGUGUACCUGACCGACUGUGCGUACGGCGUAGGCGGCGGCGGCGGAGGAGGAGUCUGUUGUGGUGGCGGCGACGGCGGCGUCGGACCAUCGCCGUCUACGAUGAAGUCGUACGCGGUGACGGCCGAGUCCGGUAGGACGGACUCGGAAACCGAUUCGGACUGUUCGAGAAACACGACGGUCGCAGUAGUGCCGACGAGAAGGGCUACGCCGGGCGGCAGAACGGACGAGGUGUGCAACCGGAGCGUGCGCGACAAGAUAGCGAUGUUCUCGCGGGCCACGACCGCGACCCCGGGCGCCGGCGAGAAAAAGGACUCGGUGUGUUCGUCCGCGUCGUCGUCGUCGUCGUCGGCGUAUUCGACGGGAUCUCCGGACACGUCGCCGGCCGCGUCCCCGAAGGCGGCGUACUACAGCACUCUGCCGCGCACACCGCAACAUCAGCAGCACCAAAAUCAAUAUCAAUGGCCACAACACCAGGCGCCGUACUCGCCGGUGGUCACGGGCGCGACUGUGGUCGGAUCGUCGCCCGCGGUGGCGCGUUUCGUGGGGGGCACAGACACGAUUGACCAUCACCGGCGGUCGCAGAGUCUGGUCGAGCAGCCGUACAGCAAGUACUUCAACACCAUGAACGCGUACGCGGAAAUGGGACGAUCGUCGCUGAACGCUCUUAUCGAACAGCGCAGGCGGAGCAUGUCCAAACUGCGCGGACUAGUCAUACCGGAAAAGAACGGCGGAGGGACCGUCGGCGCUGGUGGCGCCGACGAUCGUUCGCAUCCGGCCGCGGUCAUAGCCGACUUGCCGUUGCUGAUCAAAAGUCCGGACGACCGUCACGACGGUUAUGACCGUGAAGACGCAGCCACGGCCGCCGUGCUGUGUCCGCCUACCAAGACGUACGUAAACGGGCCCCCGCCAGUCGUGGGCACGGUGACCAGGUACGCGAACCCGGUGAAGACGAUAGCCCGGCAACCGUUGAUCGCCGUUCCGCCACCGCAGUCGCCGCCGCCGAUCGCCGCCGCCCCGGAACAACGGCGUCCGUCGUCAACGUCGUCUUCGCCAUCGUCUUCGUCGUCGUCGUCUUCAUCCUCUUCGUCGUCGUCGUCGUUGAACUCGAGCCGCGAAGAACUGCGGCACAUACACGACGAACGGCCGCCGUCGUCGGUCAUCUGUAAGUCUAAAAGCUCGUUCAAAGUGGACAGCGACGAAGACUCGGCGCUCAGCUCGGGCCGUUCAAGCACGUCACUGCAACCGUACUCGCCCGCUUCGUCGCCGCCGCCGCCACCGCCCACAUCGCAGCCGCCCAUGACGUCCGCGGCCUCGCCCAGCGGACCUCCAUCGACGCCGGCGGCCUGUGCUGCCGAGACAGCGGGCAAGCGCGUGCUGAAAGCCGAGAGCGUGGAGGCCAUCAACCGGAAGAACGUGCUGUGCUCGGCCAGGAUCAGCAGCGGGAAACCAGAACCGCCUGUCGUCCCGCCGUCGUUUUUGUCGUCGUUGCACGCCAACAAGACCGCGGAUUAUCACUAUCAAUACUCCGCAGACAACGGUUUGCCGGCAAAGUCAUCAACCGCGUGCAAGACCGCCGCCAUCGGCGCUGCAGGGUCAGGUACCGGCAUAAUCGGCAACAGGUAUACGCACAACCGCAUGUCGUCCAUGGAGUCGACGACCAGCGACGAUUCGUCGAUGCAGUACGCGGUCAACGCCGAACCGUUCGGUAGCAUCAGUUCGCUGGCGUCGACCACCAGUCUGAUAUCGCAACAUGAACUCCAGCAGCUGAUCGACGACGCCAAUCAGUCGACGUUGGAAGAUAACGGCGUCAGCGCAGGCGGAAUCGUUACGGCGGUCACGCCCGUUCCGAUGUCCGUCGAAGUGAUGGUCGUCAUCUUGCACCGGGACAUGGCCACCAGCAGCGUGGGCAUCACGUUGGCCGGCGGUGCCGAUUACGAAACGAAAGAAAUAACGGUAAGUCGGUCGAAAAUUGCCCCGUCGUGUUAUAUAUUACGGUGGUUAUUACCGCGGUACCGGUAUCUUAAUAAUCUUGUCGUUGUUCUUCUUCCGGCUGUCAGUCUUUCGAUCGUUCAACCGCAGCUGCUUCACCGACGAAUCUUUUAGUUCUCGACGGAUCGAUAUCCUACCACUCCUAUACUUCCUUAAGGAUUUCGGACUCUCCUGAUUCAAGCGCCACGUCAUCUGCUUUCACCGCAGUCGUACGAGACAAGGUUCCGUCAAUUUCUCCUUUUAAAUUUCCUUUUUAUGCUGAACGAUCCUUUUUUCAUCACGCGACUCUCCCAUCACAUCCUACCGCUUUAUCCAAUCACACUCAAUGCUAUCUCUAUAAAGAAUGUCCCGCGAAGAUUUGAUCGUUGCGCUAUCUUGGAAAGCAUUAAAUUUGUUAAAAUUUAAGAAACAAGUAGCACUCAAAUGUUACAUUACCUUUAUUUUUUGUUCCUGUUUUUGGAGCCGGACCGACUACAAAAUUUUGAUUUUUAAACGAAUGCCAGUGCUUCCACAAAUAGACGGUAUAUUAGUUUAAAUAAACUUCGGUGAUGACAUUUUUGAUUUCCGUCAACCCGUUGACGGGUCAUUCCACUUUUAGGUUUGGGUAAGCGGAGGGUAGCGGAGCAUCAUCAAACGCCGCGCGCAGUGUCGCCACACAAUUGAUGUUUCGCUACUCUCCCCUACCCGAACUUACAAGCGGAAUAACUCGUCAACGGGUCGAAAGAAAUCGAAAACUUUCAACACCAAAAUUAAUUUAAACUAAUACCAUUUAUACUACAAUGUUACAUAAAGGUUGUCAUAAGUGGAUCAUAGGUAGGUCGGUUCAAAUUGGAAAAACAAGGGUGAAAAAAAACAAAGGUAAUGUAACAUUUUAAAGGUACUCGUUUCUUAAGUUUUAAAAUACGAAAAUUCAGAAAAAAUUCAAUACUCUCCAAGAUAGCGCAAUAAUCGUAUUAUGUUCGUGGGACAGCCUGUAUGUAACUAGUUGCGCACAGAAGUCUUCGGACGCCCGAGACUGCCGCAAAACCUUUGUCCGUCCGCGAUCGCGGUCGAUGGAUAAAAUAUUUUGUGUUUCGACGGAUUGACCGUUGUUCGUUGUUUUCGCAGGUGUACAAAGUGUUGUCCGGCAGUCCGGCCGACAAGGACGGCCGCAUCCGGAAGGGCGAUCGGAUAUUGUCGAUAAACGGCAAGAGCAUGAAGGGAAUCACGCACCGGGAAUCAUUGGCAAUACUCAAAGUAAGAUUUUACGUGAAAUUGUAAGUCACAAUAACGUUUUGCUAACGAUUUGUUUUGUUUUUUUUUUUUUUUUUAGGCACCCCGGUCUGAAGUAGUGUUGGUCAUAUCGAGGUGCAAAUUGGACGCGGCAGCCGUAGAAGCCACGGGACAGCCACAACCCGUCGACCAGGCGACUUCAGCCAAAAACGGUAAUGGAUAUUUCACGACGUAUUUUCUUCAUAGUACUAAUUACACGUACUUAGACUUACUUACGUUUUUGUAUUUCCCCACAGAUGUGAUCACCGAUCGGGUUUUCGGACCGAUAGCCAAAGUGACGUUGUCCAAAGACGGCACCGGGCUGGGAUUCAGUUUGGAAGGAGGCAAGAAUUCGCCGACCGGAGACCAGCCGUUGACGGUCAAAAAGAUUUUCACCGGUCAGUUUGGAUGAUAAUAUUACGCUAUACCAUGUUACGGGUUGUACCGUUUGCGUCCCGUUUUGUGAGUGCGAUUGCGUUAUGGGCAAUUUUUACGACAUUUUAACAAUCAAACAGUUUAUCCAUAAAAUACACGAAAAUCUAAAGGUGCCCUCCGAAGUCGUUCUACCGUUACUCCGAUUGUUGUCGAUCAUCAUCCUCCCCCUCGGCUAAUUUUACAGCCCGGCCACUGUUGUGCCGAUCGAUUUCGCUUUUACUCCAAAACCACUUCGCGGUAUCCAUUUUCCGUUUCGGGCGAACGAAUUGCGAAUUAUCGCGGAAUAAUAAAUGACUGCGAUACACGGAUUGCGGGAACAAUUUUUUUUUUUUUUUUACAAUUUUCGCGCACGUUACCUACCGUUGUUUGUUGUAAUCGUUUCGAAAACGCCGUCGAAAUUGCCUACACCGCAUGCGACGAAUUCGGGUGUACACGGUCGACCCGUCGGGAAGUACCCUACGCAUGUCUGCAAUGAUACUGUUAUCGUUUUCUCAGGUGGUUGCGCGGAACAGUGCGCGCAGAUAGCGGCCGGCGACGAGUUGGUGUCGGUGAACGACAUCGACGUGACCGGCAUGUCGCGUACCGAAGCCUGGAACCUGAUGAAGAGGCUGGUGAACGGUACUGUCACACUAGGAGUGCGUCACGUAAUCUAA